GGUCAGUCUGAGACGGACUGGUGAGACGCCAACACCGCCAAGCCGAGAGCUGCGGAGCCUCGGCAGUGAGCGGCCUCGUCAGCCAUGUUGAAGGCUGAGAUGCCGUUCCUCGUGGGACUGGUAGUCUGGACUACCAUCGUCGCCACGACGUUCGGUCAGGUACCACCACCCCGGUUAGACUACGGUGGCCUCACGCAAGAAGUGUUUUUCCUAAACUUAGAAGAUGGCUAUUUUGGCUGCCAAGUAAACGAGAGCUCCGAGGUGCUGCAGCUGUUUGAGCUGUCCAAGCUGUGUGAUGGCGUGCCUCAGUGCUAUCUCGGCUCUGACGAGCUGGUUAAAGAGCUUAAGUGCACAAACACAUGUCAGCUGGCCACCGGCCGGCCCUGUGUCAACGGUGCCUGCCUAGAUUCUCAAUGCUACUGUAACGAUGGCUUCGGUGGCAAGGGCUGCGAGAUGCCCGAUGAGAAUGAAUGCAAGUACCGCCCGUGCGACAUCUUCGCGCGGUGUACAAACACGAUGGGCGGCUUCUUCUGUUCCUGUUUCCCGGGAUACGAAGGCGACGGCACAACUUGCACAGAUAUCGACGAAUGUCUGGACCCAGAGCUUGCAGCCCGGUGCGUCCCCAACGCCGAGUGCUGCAAUCUCCCGGCCCACUACGUCUGCAAGUGCAAGGAGGGCUUCGAGGGCAAGGGCGACGAGGAAUGUCGAGAUAUCGACGAGUGUUCCAGGCCGGACGCCUGUGGAGCCAACGCCAUCUGCCAGAACUACCCGGGAAACUACACCUGCACCUGUCCGGAGGGAUACGUCGGCAACGCCUACGACGGGUGUGUCGACUACGACGAGUGUAACGAGCGAGGCAUGUGCGGCCCGAACGCCCGCUGUCGGAACACGGUCGGCGGCCACGAGUGCUCCUGCGACGCCGGCUUCGUGGGCGAUCCGUACUCGCGCAGCGGCUGCAUUGACGUGAACGAGUGCACCCGGGAUCCGUGCGGAGCCGGCGCGCUCUGCAAGAACACGCCGGGCAACUACACCUGCCAGUGCCCGCCCGGCUUCCGCGGCGACCCGCUCGUCCAAUGUCAGGACCUGGACGAGUGCCUGGAGGGCACGCCGCUGGGCCCGGGCGGCGAGGCUCGGAACGCCAGCUCUCUGUGCGGUGCCGGCGCCAUGUGCAUGAACACGGCCGGCAGCUACAAGUGCGCCUGUCCGCCCGGCUACACGGGCGACCCCGCCGACGCCUGCUCGGACAUCAACGAGUGCGGCCGGCCCAUGACCUGCGGCGUGAACGCCGCCUGCCGCAACGAGCCUGGCGGCUUCGCCUGCUUCUGCCCGGAGGGCUUCAGCGGCGACGGCCGCGUCUUCUGCGAGAACAUUGACGAGUGUGCCAAGAACCCUUGUGGAGCCAACGCCCGCUGCAUUGACACCGUGGGCGCCUUCACGUGCCAGUGUCUGCCCGACUACACCGGCAACCCGUACAAGGGCUGCACAGACAUCAACGAGUGCGUCGUGUACGGCAAGCCGUGCGGCGACUACGCCAUCUGCAAGAACACCGAGCCGGGAUACUCGUGCCGGUGCCCGCAGGGCUACCAGGCCAACCCGACCCCGGCCGUCGCCUGCGAACAGGUUGACGUCAAGAUCCUCUGCAAAUCCAACUUCGACUGUGUCAACAACGCCGAGUGCAAGGAGGGCCAGUGCUUCUGCAAGAGCGGCUUCGAGGAGCGCGGCACAACAUGUGUGGACGUCGACGAAUGCGCCAAGUCGCCGUGCGGGGCCAACUCGCACUGCGUCAACGUGCCGGGCAGCUACCGGUGCGAGUGCGACGCCGGCUUCAUCGGCAAUCCGCCGAGCACGCCGUGCAGAGCGCCAUGCGACGGUAUGGAGUGUGGCCCGCACGCCAAGUGCAAGCCCGACGGCCUGGAGGCGCUGUGUAUCUGCGACGACGGCUGGACGUACGACCCCGUCAACGUCAAGGCCGGCUGCGUGGAUGUGAACGAGUGUGACCCGGCGCUGGGGCCGUCCGGUAUGUGCGGCGAGGGAGCCGUGUGCACCAACACUGCCGGCAGCUACAGCUGCGCCUGCAAGCCGGGCUACUCGGGCAACCCGCAGGUCAAGUGUGUCGACGUGGACGAGUGUCGGCGGCCGGGCGCCUGCGGCACCGGCGCCCUCUGCACCAACACCCCUGGCGGCUACAAGUGCUCGUGCCCUGAGGGGACCGAGCCGGCGCCGGACGCGCAGACCCUCUGCGUGGCGCUCAUCACCUGCACCGGCGACGAUGAGUGUCCCGGAAACUCCAUGUGCGACCCGGCCGGACAGUGUCUCUGCCCCGAGCCCAACGUUGGAAACGACUGCAGACACCCGUGCGAGGACGUCUUCUGCGGCCCGAACGCCGAGUGCAUGCUCAUCAACGGCCUGCCGAAGUGCAUGUGCGCCUCGGGCUUCACUGGCGGCGCGCUGAGCGGCUGCGUGGACAUUGACGAGUGCGCCGGCUCGCCGUGCGCGCCCGGCGCCGUCUGCCGCAACAGCCGCGGCAGCUUCGUCUGCGAGUGUCCCAGCGGCUCCGAGGGCGACCCGUACCGCCAGGGCUGCAUCGAGUCCAAGGAGGGCUCGUGCGGCCCGCAGCACCCGUGCCCGCCCAACGAGGACUGUGUCCGCGACGAGGGCGUCGGCAGUGACGUCUGCGUCUGCAUGCGCGGCUACCGACGCGACGGCGCCUUCGGCAAGUGCGUCGACAUCGACGAGUGCACGGACACCGCCGCGUCGGCGGCCGGCGUGUGUGGCGCCAACGCCAUCUGCACCAACAAGCCCGGCACCUACGACUGCACCUGUCCGCCCGGGUUCGCCGGAAACGCCUUCUCCAGCUGCGAGCCGCAAUCGAAGAGCGGCUGCCUGCCUCCGUUCAAGCUGAUCGGCGGGGUGUGCGCACUGGGCCGGUGCUCGGGCGCCAAGGGCUGUGGACCUGGAGCGCGCUGCGUUCAGCUGGGCCGCCAGAGCUACUGCGUCUGCGACCAGGGCCACGUCGCUCAGCCCGACGGAACCUGCCAGGACGUAGACGAGUGCUCGGAGCCGACCUCGGACGGACGCCCGCCAUGCGGUGUCGGCGCCGACUGUAUCAACCUGGUCGGCUCGUUCGAGUGCGCGUGCCCCGAGGGCAGCUCGGGUAACCCCUACAGCGGCUGCACGGCCAACAAGGUCCAGUGCGGCCGCGACAGCGACUGCGGCCAGAACGAGAAGUGCGUGCAGCCGGGCCAGUGCGUCUGCCCGCCGCCCUACUACUCCGAUACAGAGGACGGCAACAGGUGCAAGAGUCCGUGCCAGCGGUUCCCGUGCGGCGUGAACGCGCGCUGCACUCCGUCUGACCCACCAAAGUGUCUCUGCGACGCCGGCUACUCGGGCAACCCGUACGAGGGCUGCCGGGACCAGGACGAGUGCCGCGACAACCCGUGCGCUCCCGGCGCCAGCUGCAUCAACGAGAAGGGAAACUUCAAGUGUAUCUGCCCGGCCGGAACACAGGGCGACCCCUUCGUGGGCGGCUGCACGGGCGCCGCCUCUGGCUGCGCGUCCGACAACGACUGCGACGGAAAGCUGGCCUGCGUGAGCGGAGAGUGCCGCAACCCGUGCGAGCAGCUGCCGUGCGGUGCCAACGCCGUCUGCGAGCCCGAGGGCCACGCCGCCUGGUGUCGCUGCCUGCCCGGCUUCAAGAAGGCCGACGGCUCCAACGACUGCGUCUCAGAGUGUGACGGCUACUUGUGCGGUGACAAUGCCGAGUGCAUCGUCUCCGCUGACGGCCCCACCUGCAAGUGUCUGGAGGGGUACAACGGCAACCCGUUCCCGGGUGGCGCCUGCUCGCCGGACGUCUGCUCGCCGCGCAACCCGUGCCAGGGCUCAGAGGUGUGCGUCUCCUCGCGCUGCAAGGUGCGCUGUGAGGGUGUCACCUGCGGCAUCGGCGCCAAGUGUGACAAGAACACCAACAAGUGCGCCUGCCUGCCGUUCCACGUCGGCAACCCUGAUCUGCUCUGCGUGCCACCCACCCUUCCGCCAAUGUGCGAGCCCGCCUGCGCCAAGAACGCCCACUGCGAGUACGGCCAGCCCAACAAGUGUGUCUGCAACCAAGGCACUUCCGGCAACCCGUACGAGGGCUGCGGCGCCUCGGCGCGCACCUGCAGCACUGCCUCGUGCGGAAAGGGCGCCACGUGCAAGGAGGGCGGCGGCCGCGUGGACUGCGUGUGCCCGGCUGGCUACCGCGGAAACCCGUACGUCGAGUGCACAGAUGUCGACGAGUGCAUGGGCAACUCGUGCGGCAUGAACGCCCUCUGCAUCAACACACCCGGCUCGUACGACUGCCGCUGCAAGCAGGGCUUCCAGGGCAAUCCGUUCCUGAUGUGCAUGCCGCCGAGCUCGACCAGAACCGACUGCGCCAGCAACCCGGAUAACUGCCAGUGCUCCGGCUCCAACGCCUGCCCCACCGGAUACAAGUGCAGCUCAGGCAAGUGCGUGAACCUGUGCGCUGGCGUGGCGUGCGGACCGAACGCUGUGUGUAGUGGAGGCAAGUGCUCGUGCCGCGCUGGCUACGAAGGAGACGCGUCCGACCCCAAGGUGGGCUGCUCCACUGGCGGCUGCCUGAACGACCUCUACUGCCGCGACGACGAGAUCUGUCUGCCGGCGGCCGGCGGCCAGCGCCGUUGCGUCAGCGCCUGCUCCAAGCUCUCCUGCGGCUCCAACGCCUACUGCGUCACCGAAAACCACCGGUCGAGUUGUCUCUGCAAGGACGGCUUCAGCGGCGACCCGAGCAACCCGCGCGUCGGCUGCCAGCCCACCACGCCUGUCGACCAGUGCAAGACGUCCCGGGACUGCCCCAAGGAUCGGUCCGUCUGCACCCUGGGAGAGAGCGGUCAGAAGCAGUGUCUCGACCCGUGCAGCACCUUCUUCUGCGACCAGAACGAGGUGUGCUCGGUGCGCAGAUCGCGUCCUGUCUGCCUCUGCCGUGACGGCUUCAAGAAGAACCCGCGCACCAACCGCUGCGAGAGUCCCGGAGUGCCUGAGUGCGCCAGCUCCGACGACUGUCCGGUCACGCACGCCUGCCUGGCGGACGCCCUCAAGGUGAAGAAGUGUGCUCCGGUGUGCGAGCGCACCCAGUGCUCGCCCAACUCGCAGUGCGUGGCGGUCAACCACCGCGCCUCCUGCCAGUGCGUCAGCGGCUUCUACGGCAACCCUAACGACCGGGCCGGCUGCAAGCCGCUGUCCCGCAACACCUGCUCCUCGGACGCCGAGUGUCCCGAGACGGAAGCCUGUCGGGACGCCGACGGCGGCCGCCAGUGCGUCUCCGUCUGUGCCAGCCUGCGCUGCGGCCCUGGCGCUGUGUGCGUGACCAACAAUCACGUGGCACAGUGUCAGUGCCCGCCGGGCAAGUAUGUGGGCAACCCGAACGACCUGGAGGAGGGCUGCCGCGCCGUCGGCUGCCUGGGCAACUCGGACUGUCUGGCCACGCAGGCUUGCAACCAGCUCGACUACCAGUGCUACGACGUGUGCCGCGACGCCUGCGGAGCGCACGCCGUCUGUCUGGCGGCCAACCACGCGCCAGUCUGCUCGUGCCGGCCCGGCUACAGCCCGAAUCCGACCGCCGAGACUGACUGCGCGUCCGUCGACCUGUGCGCCGACAAGCCGUGUCACUCGUCCGCCAAGUGCAUCAACAAGCCCGGCUCGUACUCGUGCUUCUGCCCGCCGCGUCAGAUCGGUGACCCGUACACCACGGGCUGCCACCCGGAGGGCCAGUGCCCCGGCGGAGACGCCGACUGUCCGCCCGACUCGGUGUGCCGCCGCGGCCGCUGCGCCGACCCGUGCCAGGGCGCCUGCGGCCAGAACGCCCAGUGCAACGUGGUGCAGCGGAAGGCGCAGUGCAGCUGCCCGGCCGGCUUCCAGGGCAACCCGGAGCCGGAGCAGGGCUGCGUGCGCGCCGUGGUCCGCUGCAGCGGCGACGCCCAGUGUCCGGACGGAGUCUGCAUCAGCGGGCAGUGCAGAGCCGUGUGCUCUCGCAGCAGCGAGUGUGCCAGUGGCGAGCGUUGCGUGAGGAACCGCUGCGUUCUGCCCUGCCUGUCGAGCACUCAGUGCCCCAAGGACCAGACCUGUGACGGUGGCUUCUGCUCACUGGGAUGCAGCACCAACGGAGACUGUCCCGCGGCGGAUGCUUGUGUCAACAGCAAGUGCCAAGACCCGUGCAAGACUGACGGUGCUUGUGGCGCGAACGCCCUUUGCACAGUCAAGGAGCACCGGCCGCAGUGCACCUGCCCGGAGGGAUUCACCCCGAACCCGACACCGCAGCAGGGUUGUAUGCGCACCCCGACCGUCUGCCAGAGCGCGAGGGACUGCCCAAGCGGCCUGCGCUGCCGCGACGGCGCCUGUCGCAAGGGCUGCCGCGGAAGCGCCGACUGCGCCCAGGGUGAGCGGUGCACCAGCUUCAUGUGUGCCACCGUCUGCUACCAGGACAACAACUGUCUGUUCGGCGAGGUGUGCGUGGACGGCGCGUGCCGGUCCGGCUGCCGCUCGGCCGCCGACUGCGGCACCGGGCAGACCUGCACCAACGGACAGUGUGCCUGCGCGCCCGGCUACGUCGCCGACGACGACGACUGCGAGGACGUCGACGAAUGCGAGAACCGACCCUGCCACCCGACCGCCACCUGCCUCAACCUGCCCGGCUCGUUCAAGUGCGUCUGCCCUGAGGGUACGGCCGGUAACCCGCUGGCUAGUCCCGGCUGCGGCUCGCCGAGCGAGUGCGACUCCAACACCAACUGCGCCGGGAACCUGGCCUGCACGGAGGCGGGCGGCCGACGCCGCUGCACCGAUCCGUGCACGGACGCCGUCUGUGGCGCCGGCGCCGAGUGCCGCGUGGUGAACCACGAGCCCGUGUGCCGGUGCCCGUCUGGCUACCAGGGCGACCCGACCGACCGCGCCGUCGGCUGUUUCCGGCCGCAGUGCAGCAAGGACACCGACUGCCCGGCCGACCGGCUCUGCGACGACUUCCGCUGCGUCAACCCGUGUGACUUCGUCCGCUCCUGCGGCCGUGGCAACUGCCAGGUGCAGGACCACCAGGCUGUCUGCUUCUGCAGCCCCGGCUUCGAGCAGGGCGCCGACGGACUCUGCGUGGACAUCGACGAAUGUCGCGCCAGCCCGUGCCACCGCUCGGCCGAGUGUCGCAACACGCUCAGCUCCUUCACCUGUGUCUGCCCGCCCGGAACGGUCGGAGAUCCCAUCACCGACGGCUGCAGGCGGCCCGGAGAAUGUCAGGCCGACUCGGAUUGCCCACCUGCGGCAGCCUGCAAGCAGGGCCGCUGCCAGAACCCGUGCGAGUCGGCUCGGGCGUGCGGCAAGGGCGCUGAGUGCACCACAGUCGCACACCGCCCCGUCUGCUCCUGCCCGCCGCAAACCACCGGUAACCCGCGCACUGGCUGCACUCCGUUCGAGUGCAUCGACAGCGCCGACUGCGCCGCUGCGCAGACCUGCGUGCGCAACAAGUGCGUGGACCCGUGCAGCCAGCUGAACGUGUGCGGCGCUAACGCUGACUGCACCGUGGUCGACCACCAGUCCAUCUGCAGCUGCCAGCCGGGCUACACCGGCGAGGCUCGGCUGGGCUGCACGAGGGUGCUGCGCUGCAGCAGUGACGACCAGUGCCCUCAGGCGCAGCGGUGCACAGGCGGCGUGUGCGCUGACCAGUGCCGCUCGCGGAGGGACUGCCUGCAGGGCCAGCUCUGCCUGGAGGGCACGUGCCGACCGACCUGCGCCGCCGACACCGAGUGUCCCCAGUACCACAGCUGCGUCAACCAGAUCUGCGUGCAGGAGGUGCGCUGUCGCGCCGACACUGACUGCGGAGCCGAGGAGCGCUGUCGCACCAACGCCUACGGCCAGGCCGAGUGUCAGGGCGUGUGCAGCGGUCUCGUGCUCUGCGGACGCAAUGCCGAGUGCCAGGCCAAGAACCGCGAGGUGGUCUGCGUCUGCAAGCCCGGCUUCCGCGGUGAUCCACAAGACGAAAAGACCGGAUGCAGCCCUGUUGAGUGCGAGAAGAACACCGACUGCCAGCAGAACCAAGUCUGCGACAACUACAAAUGUGUUGUUGCGUGCAAGGCCAACAACCCGUGCGGUGAGAACGCUCUCUGUUUGUCGGAGGACUACCGUUCCGUGUGCUUCUGCCGCGAGGGCUUCGUGGGCGACCCGCUCACGCGCUGCAAGCCGGUCGACUUCUGUCGGUCGAGCCCGUGCGCCGGCGGAGCCAAAUGCCAGAACGGCGCCGGCUCGUUCAAGUGUCUGUGCCCGCUGGGUACGAUCGGCGACCCGUACGAGCUCGGCUGUCAGCCGGCCGUGGAGUGCAAGGUGAACGACGACUGUCCCUCGACGGCCGUCUGCCGCACCCAGGACGGCGAGCCCAAGUGCGUGGACGUCUGCGAGACCACGCAGUGCGGCGCCAACGCCGACUGCAAGGCCACCAACCACAAGGCGUUCUGCGUGUGCCGCCAGGGCUACGACGGCGAUGCCAGCGACGUGCUCCAGGGCUGCCGACCGAUUCCGGUGAAGUGCACCUACAACCAGGACUGUCCGCGCAACACGGUGUGCGACGGAGGCCUGUGCCGACCGCCCUGUGCUACCAACGACGAGUGCGCACUCACGGAGUCGUGCGCGCGCGGCCAGUGCACCAACCCGUGCAGCUCGGACGCCGCCUGCGGCCUGAACGCCGUCUGCCAGAUGGUCCGCCACGAGAAGCGGUGCUCGUGCCCGCCCGGCUACACCGGCUCGCCUGAGGUGGAGUGUGUUCGCAUCCCGGUGCCCUGUCAGAGCAGCCUGGACUGCGGCCGCGGCUACAGCUGCCAGGAGAGCGUCUGCAUGAGCGCCUGCUCGUCUGACGCCGACUGCGCCCUCAACGAGAAGUGCGCCGACGGCUCCUGCAUGCUGACUUGCCGCGUGGACAACGACUGCUUCCUGGGCCAUGUUUGCCCCAACAACCUGUGCAUCAUCGGCUGCCGCGCCAACAGCGACUGCAACGCUGGCGAGGCGUGCCUCAACAGCCGCUGCACGGACCCGUGCGACGCCAGCGCCGUCUGCGGCCCCAACGCCAAGUGCGGGGUGCUCAACCACCGCGCCCAGUGCAGCUGCAGCGCCGGCUUUAUCCCCAACCCGACUGCCAACGUGGCGUGCGUGCGCGAGCCGGUGCCGUGCAGCAUCAACUCGGAGUGCGGCGCCGGCGCCGUCUGCCAGGCGGGCCAGUGUCGGCCCAUCUGCAGCGACGACCGCGGCUGCCUCUCCAACGAGCGCUGCGACCAGGGCCUCUGCAUGCCCGGCUGCCGCCUGGACGACGACUGUGCCAGCGGCGAGAUCUGCCGCGAGCUCGUCUGCGUGGCCGGCUGCCGCGCCGACACCGACUGUGCCGCCGCCACCAGCUGCGUCAACAACAAGUGCAUCGACCCGUGCGCCUCCCCCACCGCCUGCGGCACCAACGCGCAGUGCUCGGUGGUGAGCCACCGCGUGCAGUGCACGUGUCCUGCCGGCACCACUGGUGACGCCUACAGCAGCUGCCGCGCCCCGCCCAAGGUCUGCGAGAAGGAUGAACAGUGCGACGACGGCACCUGCUACGGCGGUGUCUGCGUCGCCAAGUGCUCAAGCGACACGGCCUGUCUGAACGACGAGCGGUGCGUCGGCGGUAUCUGCAAGUCUAUCUGCAGCUCGGACACGCAGUGCCGCUCCGGCCAGAUCUGCCAGGGCCGGCUGUGUCUGUCCGGCUGCCGCUCGGACGACCACUGCUCCGCCGACCAAGCCUGCAUCAACCGGCGCUGCCGCGACCCCUGCCAGGGCACCGCCGCCUGCGGCACGUGCGCCCAGUGCGACGUGGCCAACCACCGCGCCCAGUGCACGUGCCCGGCCGGCACACUCGGCAACCCGCAGGUCGCCUGCCAGCCGGUGGCCACGCGCUGCUCCAGCAGCAAACAGUGCAACGGCGGUAAGUGCGAGUCCGGCCUGUGCCUGUCGCAGUGCUCCACGUCGAGCGACUGCGGCUGCGGCCACACCUGUGCCGACGGCGUGUGCCGUCAGCAGUGCUCGGCCGACGCCGGCUGUCCGGAGGGUGUGCUCUGCGCCGAUGGCCUGUGCGUGGCCGGCUGCCGCGCCAACGCCGACUGCCCGGCGCGGCUGGCCUGCUCCGGCGGCCAGUGCGUCGACCCGUGCUCCGCCGGCUCUCCGUGCGGCAGCGGCGCCGAGUGCAAGGUCUCCGACCACCGCGCCGUCUGCCUCUGCCCCGACGGCUUCAACGGCAACCCCAAGGAGGCGUGCACAAAGGCCGGCUGCAAGCGCGACGACGACUGCGUGGACCGCACCAUGGCCUGCAUCGACUCGCAGUGCGUCAACCCGUGCCUGCAGCCGAACGCGUGCGGCGUCAACGCCCAGUGCAAAUCGAUCCGGCGCCGCGCCUUCUGUCUCUGCCCGCCCGGCUACUACGGCGAGGCCACCGUCCAGUGUCUCAAGGAGGCCAACGAGUGCGUGAGCAAGCCGUGCGGCGAGAACGCCUAUUGCACCGACACACCGGACUCGUUCACGUGCACAUGCGAGAAGGGCUGCUUCGGCGACCCCCUGCGCGGCUGCGUCUGCGUCGGCAACCAGUGUGACAGGCUGCAGUGCGGCGUCAACGCCGAGUGCCGCGUCAAGGACGACGAUGACGACGAUGACGACGACGACGAUGAUGAUGGCAGCAGCGGAGCCGAGUGCUACUGUCCGCCGGCGUUCCCCAUCGGAAACCCCAACAUCAGAUGCUCGACAUCGGGCCGGGUCAACUGUCGUAGCACGGGCUGCGGCCUGAACGCUGACUGCGCGCGCCAGGGCCUCGGCUACGCGUGUCGCUGCCGCGCCGGCUACGUAGGAAACCCGGAGACCGGCUGCUCGCCAGAAUCUGCAUGCACGCGCGACUCAGACUGUGGCACGUCGGCCGCCUGCCAGAACGGCGAGUGCGUCGACCCGUGCGCCGUGCGCGGCGUCUGCGGCCAGAACGCCCUCUGCCAGGUGGUGUUCAGCAAGGCGCGCUGCUCGUGCCCGCAAUGCUACGUCGGCCAGCCUUCGGAGGUGUGCCGGCCCGACCCGACCUGCGGCCGCGUGCCGGAGAGGCCCCCCGGCCCGCGGACCCGCUGCAGCGGAGACGACGACUGCGCCGACAGUCUGGCCUGCCAGAGCGGCGAAUGCGUCGACCCGUGCUUCGGCUACACACUCUGUCCCGAGGAGAAGAAGUGCAUGGCACGCGACCACGUGGCUGCCUGUGUCUGCAAGUACGGCAUCAGCGUCAACGAGAAGUUCGAGUUCGUCUGCGCCGGGCCGCGCAUCGAGUGCCGCUCGGAUGAUGACUGCGCUUCCAACCUGGCCUGCUUCACCGGCAAGUGUCAGAACCCGUGCAUUCUGCAGAACCCGUGCCCGACCAACAAACGCUGCGACGCCGUCAACCACCAGCCCAUCUGCAUGUGCUCCAAGGACUGCCAGUCGUCCGUCUCGCUGUGCCUGAACGACCGCGGCUGCUCCGACAACCUGGCCUGUCGCAGCUACCAGUGCAUCGACCCCUGCGAGGGCUUCAACUGCCCACAGGACCGACCCUGCUAUGUCGAAGACCACAAGCCUGUCUGCAAGUUCUGUCCAGAGGGCUUCAGCGUCGAUCCGAUCUACGGCUGUAUGAAAGUGAUUGGCUGCCGGGAGAACGGCAACUGCCCGUCCAACCAGGCCUGUAUCAACGGCGAGUGCAAGAACCCGUGCAUGCUCGUUGAUCCGUGCCAGGCCCCUGAGGUGUGCCGCGUGCAGGACCACAACAGCGUCUGCGUCGACGGCUGCCGGUGCAGCUCCAACGCCGACUGCGGCAUCGGCGAACAAUGCGACGGCUGCGAGUGCCAGAAGAGCAGAGUACCCAACAUCGGCUGCGUACCGGGCAGCUGCGACGACGGCCAGUACUGCGACGAAGGCACCGGCGAGUGCGUCGAUGACGAUGACGAUGAUGAUGACGACGACGACGACCCGACAGUGCCGCCCGCUCCGGCCGGCGCACAGCCCACCGUCCGGCCGACCGCCUCGGGCGCGGCCUGCGGCAACAACUCGGACUGCCCAAUGGCCGAGACGUGCCUGCAGGGCCGCUGCUCGGACCCGUGCCGCUGCGGCGUGGGCGCCGAGUGCCGCGUGCGCCGACACCGGCCCGUCUGCCGGUGCCCAGAGGGCCACGUCGGGGAUCCGGCCGUGCGCUGCACACCCGCCGGCGGCACCACCCCGGCGCAAGACGGCACUGGGAGCGGCACCACACCCCGCCCCCGGCCUGGGCUGACCCCCUCCGUUCCUGAGGCAGCCGGUACCCCCGGCACCCCUGCUCCCCCGGGCGCUACCCCUGGCAGCCAGGUCACGGCCCGACCCGGAACAUCCACUGCUCCCGGAGCCCUCCGACCCGGCCAGGUCACCGACAGGCCGGGAACGCCCUCUGGGACCACAGACGGACCCUACGUGCCCGGUCAGAACAGGGAAACCGUCUACACGACCCCCGCUCCUCAGCGAGGGGCCGACGGACCGCCUGGCGGACCCAGCGUCCCCGCCCGUCCCAGCGGGCCGACCUCCUCGGUAUCCGGGGAAACCACUCCUCGUCCAGACUCCGAGGUAUCCGCGACGCCCAGUCCCUCCGCCACCCCCGGUUCCUCCGAGACGCCCGAUCCCGCGGCCACCCCGGUCCCCAGCGGCUCCGGGUCGCCGUGCGCGGCCACGGCUGAGUGUGCUGACACGGAGGCGUGCCGGGGCGGGGUGUGUGUGAGCCCGUGCCAGUGCGGCGCCGGCGCCACCUGUCUGGUGACCGGCCACCGACCCGUCUGCCGCUGCCCGCCCGGAUACGAGGGCGACUCCUAUGUCCAGUGCCGACCGCGGGGCGAGACGGGCGUGCCGACGCGCCGUCCGCCGACGCCCACUCUGCGGCCCGUGGUGCCCGUGGCGCCGACGGCCGCCUGCCGACGCCAGGACGACUGCGCCGCCAGCCUGGCGUGCGUGGCCGGCCGCUGCGUGGACCCGUGCCGCUGCGGGCCGGGCGCCACGUGCCGCGUGAUCCGGCACCGGCCGCUCUGCCUGUGUCCGCCGGGCACGCGCGGCGACCCGAUGACCGGCUGCCGCAGGCCCGCCGCCGGCCUCGUGCCGUCGCCGCGGCCCCGCUGCGGCACCGACCGCGACUGCGACCGCUCCGAGACGUGUCACCAGGGCGUCUGCGUGGACCCGUGCAGCCUGCGUCCGUGCGGCGCCAACGCCUUCUGCCGGCCGACCAACCACAAGGCGUUCUGCGUCUGCGAGCUCGGCUUCACCGGCAACGCCCAGAUCGAGUGUGUCAAGCCCGGUCCUCGCGACUUCUGUAAGACCAUGUACGACUGCGAAAACACAAAGACGUGCAUGUACGGCCGGUGCGUGGACCCGUGCCCGUUGGCCCAGUGUGGCCGCGGCGCCCAGUGCCGCGCCGAGUACCACGAGCCCAUCUGCUACUGUCCCGCGGGCCUCAGGGGCGACCCCAAGGUGGAAUGCGCCAAUAUGAGCUGCCGCGGUAACACCACGUGUCCGUCUAACCUGCGCUGCGCCGGCGUCUACUGCGUCGACCCCUGUCCGGAGGUGCGCUGCGAGGGCAACCGGCGCUGUGUCACCGAGAAUAACUCACCGCGCUGCGUCUGUUCAGAGGGUUACGGCGGGCCCGACUGCCUAAAACUGGACGACGGCGGACAGUGCGUGGCCGCCAACGACUGCCCGGCCGACAGGGCCUGCAUUAACCGACAGUGCAUGGACCCGUGUCUCGUGGAGAACCCGUGCAGCCCCACGGCGCGGUGCGCCACGAGGCAGCACGUGGCCACGUGCACGUGCCCCGCCGGACAGACUGGGGACCCCAAGAGCAGUUGUUACGCCCCUAAUACGCUCGGCUGCCGCGCCGACCGCGAGUGUCCCAGCACCAAGGCCUGCAUCAACGGACGCUGCGAGGACCCGUGCAAGUGCGGCACCAACGCCAUGUGCGAUGUGAUCGCCCACCGCGCCGUCUGCAAGUGCCCGUCCGGCUAUCAGGGCAACCCAGAAAUCAGCUGCCAGGUUCCGUACAAGCCGUGCGACCCUAGCCCGUGCGGACUGGGAGCCAUCUGCGAGGUCGAUCAGGGCAAUCCCAUCUGCUCCUGCCCCAGAGGACAGACUGGAAACCCCUUCGUCAAGUGCAUGCCCGACGGUAACGAGUGCGACGACUACGAGUGCGGCGCCAACACCGGCUGUCGCGAAGUCGACGACGAGCCCGUGUGCUUCUGUCUGCCGGGCUUCACUGGCAGCCCUCCGAGCACGAGUUGCACCCCGAUCCGCAGUCCAUGCGAGCCCUCGCCCUGCGGACCCAACACCAACUGCAACGUGGUGUACGGCUUCCAUCGCUGCACCUGCAAGGAAGGUUUCUUCGGAGACCCGAACACGAUUCGCGGCUGUUCGCCACCGCGUGACCCGUGCAACCCGAACCCUUGCGGGGGAGGGGCUCGCUGCGACGCCUCUCGUAACCCGACCUGCUACUGUCCCGAUGGCACUGUGGGCGAUCCUUACCAGCGCUGCGAGGCGCUGGUGGUCGCCGAGUGCGGUCCCGGAGACUGCGGAGCCAACGCUCGGUGCGACGUGGUCAACAACCGGCCACUCUGCUCGUGCCUUCCGGGCUACACGGGCGACCCGGUGACCGGGUGCCGUCCGCGCGACCCGUGCCAGCCGAACCCGUGCGGCCCGCGAGCCGUCUGCACCGCGCGGCCCGGCGGGGAGUACAGCUGCGCCUGCGAGCCAGGCCUGAUCGGCAACCCGACCAGCCAGCUCGGCUGCCGGAGCGAGUGCGAAGUCAACCAGGACUGCUCCGCCACGCAUAUGUGCGUCGCACAGAAGUGCGUCGACGCGUGCGCUGGCGCUUGCGGCAUCAAUGCUGAGUGUAAGGUGGUGAACCACAGCCCGAUCUGCACCUGCGCCCGUGGCUACACCGGCGACGCCGUCACUCUCUGCCAGGAGGUGGCCACAAUUCGGCCUCCGUCUGGCACGCCGGACCCGUGCGUGCCGAACCCGUGCGGCGACCAGACGGUGUGCACCUCGGUGAACGGUCGGCCACUCUGCACCUGCCUGCCGGGCCUGCUCGGCUCGCCGCAGACCGGCUGCCGCGAGGAGUGCCGCGUCAGCACCGACUGCGCCGAGGACCUCGCCUGCAUCGGCAACAAGUGCCGAGACCCGUGCCAGGGCGCCUGCGGCGUAGCGGCUGUCUGCGACGUGGACGACCACCGCGCUGUCUGCGCCUGCCCGGCCGGCUACACCGGCAACCCGUACCAGCAGUGCUUCUUGAGACCGGUGCCCGGCCCGACAGACCCGCCGGAGCCGCGUCCCCUGCCGGACUCGUGUCCGCUGGGCCAGUUCUACACGGAGCGGGACGGCUGCCGUCCCGAGUGUCUGGUCAGCUCCGAGUGCUCCUCCAACCUGGCCUGCAUCCGCAACAGCUGCGGCAACCCAUGCGUCGGCUCGUGCGGCGUCGGAGCCGACUGUGAGGUGGUCAACCACAACCCGAUCUGCAGCUGCCCGCGCGGCUACACGGGCGACCCGUUCACCCAGUGUCGACCGUUCCCAGUCACCGAGCGACCGACCCAGCCGAGCAACCCGUGUUCGCCGAGCCCGUGCGGCCAGGGCGCCGACUGCCAGUACAACGGCCAGCGGCCCGUCUGCUCGUGCCCGCCCGGCUACCGCGGCAACCCGCUGGUGCUGUGCCAGCCCGAGUGCACCAACGACGCCGGCUGUCCGCUGCAGCAGGCCUGCAUCGGCCAGAAGUGCCGCGACCCGUGCCCGGGCAGUUGCGGCGUCGGCGCCGAGUGUUUCGUGGUGAACCACGCGCCAAUCUGCACGUGCCCGGUCGGCUACACUGGCGACCCGAUGACGCAGUGCGCGCCGGAGCCAAUCACCAGACCACCAGUCAUCCCCGACCAGCAAGUGGAGCCUUGUGUGCCUUCGCCGUGCGGCCCGAACUCGCAGUGUCGCAGCGACGGUUUCCGCGCCGUCUGCUCGUGCGUGGCUGGCUUCCAGGGCAGCCCUCCGCUGACGCCAUGCUACUCAGUCGGCUGCACCAGCAACUCGGAGUGUCCGCCGCAGCAGGCGUGCAUCAACCGCGACUGCCGCGACCCGUGCGCGGGCGCCUGCGGAGUGGGCGCCGACUGCCAGGUGGUUAGCCACCGGCCCGUCUGCUCCUGUCCGGAGGGGUACAGCGGAGACCCAACAACCAUCUGCAAACUGCGCCCGGUGACGCCUGCGCCUCCGCUGACGCCUGUCAACCCCUGCCAACCGUCGCCGUGCGGCCUGAACGCCGAGUGCAAGGUCUCCAACGGCUACCCGAUCUGCUCCUGCAUCACAAACUACUUCGGCAACCCGCUGGUGAGCUGCCGUCCCGAGUGCGUCGUCUCGUCCGAGUGUCCGUCGAACCGGGUCUGUUCUGACAAGCUGACCUGCGUCGACCCGUGCCCGGGCCUGUGCGGCGUGGACGCCGUGUGCAACACCAUCAACCACCAGCCGCUGUGCCGGUGUCCGGACGGCAGCACGGGCGACCCGUACUCGUACUGUCGCCCGGUGCCGGUCACGCCGGCCGUGCCCGUCUACCCGUGCCAGCCGUCGCCCUGCGGACCGUUCUCCGAGUGCAGGGAGGUCGGCUCGCGGGCCGUCUGCUCGUGCAGGCCUGGCUUCUUCGGAUCCCCACCCAACUGCAAGCCCGAGUGCGUCAUCAACUCCGAGUGUCUCACGCACCAGGCCUGUCUUGGCCAGCGCUGCGGCGAUCCGUGCCAGGGCGUGUGCGGUGUCGGCGCCAACUGUGAGGUGGUCAACCACAACCCGAUCUGCAGCUGCCCGAGCACACACACGGGUGACCCGUUCGUGCAGUGCCGACCGUUCCCGGUCACCGAGCGGCCCAAGCCGCGCGACCCGUGCUCGCCGAACCCGUGCGGCGCCAACGCCGACUGCCAGAACGGCGUCUGCACCUGCCGCGACGACUACUUCGGCAACCCGUACGUUCAGUGCAAGCCCGAGUGCGUCAUCAACUCAGAGUGCCCGCGCGACAAGGCCUGCUUCCGCAACAAGUGCCGAGACCCGUGUGUGGGCGUGUGCGGCCCCAACGCUCAGUGCAACGUGGUCAACCACGUGCCCAACUGCUACUGCCCGGCGGACUACCAGGGAGAUGCCUUCGUGUCCUGCGAGCUGAAACCAGUUACAACGCCGUAUACCCCGGACAAGGAGCCACCGGUCGCUGUCAUCAACCCGUGCUACCCGAACCCGUGCGGUCGGAACACGGAGUGCAGGGAGGCCGGCGAGCGGGCCGUCUGCUCCUGCCUGCCCGGAUACCAGGGUGACCCGAGUCUCGGCUGCCGGCGCGAGUGCGAGACGUCGUACGAGUGCGCGCCUCAGCUGGCCUGCAUCCGUUUCAAGUGUAUUGACCCCUGCCCGGGCACGUGCGGAAUUAACGCCAAUUGCCGUGUGCAAAACCACGUGCCGGAAUGCUACUGCGUCGAUGGCUACGAGGGCAAUCCCUACAUGGCCUGUCAACUACAGCCGGUGACACCUGCCGAGCCGGUCGACCCGUGCCGACCAAGUCCGUGCGGCGCCAACGCCCAGUGCAACGUGGUCGGCGACCGGGCCGCCUGCUCGUGCCUGCCUGGCUUCAUCGACCGGCCUCCCAACUGCCGUCCCGAGUGUGUGGUCCACCAGGACUGCCGCGCCGACCAGGCCUGUAUCGGUCAGAAGUGCCGCGACCCGUGCCCGGGCAGCUGCGGCGUCGGCGCCGACUGUCUGGUGCGCAACCACAACCCGAUCUGCAGCUGCCCCAGCGGCUACACGGGCGACCCGUUCACGCAGUGCACGCCGCGGCCCCAGACGCUGCCGCCACCGCCUCAGGCAGUCUGCUACCCGGGCGUGUGCGCCUACAACGCACGCUGCACGGAAAGGGACGGCAUUGCUAUUUGCAAAUGUCUGACUGGCUACUUCGGCAAUCCAUACGUGCAAUGCAAGCCCGAAUGUGUUUCGCACGCUGAAUGCCCGCGCAACAAGGGCUGCGAGAACCAGAAGUGCAUCGAUCCGUGCGAGGGCAUCUGCGCUCCGUCGGCACUGUGCCGCGUCCACGACCACGUGGCCAUGUGCUACUGCCCGGAAGGCUACCAGGGCGAUCCCUUCACCGCCUGCACGCCAAGACCUAUUACCCCUCGUCCGACGGCUCCAGUUGAGGUAGAGCGCGAUCCGUGCGAGCCCACGCCGUGCGGUCCGAACACGAAGUGCACCAGCAACAAUGGGGUGGGAGUCUGCAGCUGCCUGCCCAACUACCAGGGCAACCCCAUCGUCGGCUGUCGUCCCGAGUGUACCUCCAACGACGACUGCCCGCUGGACAAGGCGUGUGGUCUGCAGAAGUGCAUCGACCCGUGCCCUGGAGUGUGCGGACCCAACGCAGAGUGCAAGAUCAUGAACCACAACCCGAUCUGCUACUGCGUCUCAGGCUACACCGGCAACCCCAACCAAGGAUGUCGUCCCAUCCCUAAGACCACACCGAAGCCUGCCAUCGAUGUGAACCCGUGCCUUCCGAGCCCGUGCGGCCCCAACUCGCAGUGUCGCGAGCUGCACGGACAGGCCGUGUGCUCCUGCGUCGAGGGCUACUUCGGCUCGCCGCCCAACUGUCGGCCCGAGUGUCUGGUGGCGUCGGACUGCGCCAACUACCUCACCUGCAUCGACCAGCGCUGCACGGAUCCGUGCAAGGGCUCGUGUGGCCUCAACACCAAGUGUCAGGUGUACAACCACAACGCGGUGUGCACCUGCGUCGCCGGCUACGAGGGAGACCCGUUCACCGGCUGCGUCCUCAGGCCAACGCUGCCGCCACCGCCACGAAACCCAUGCUACCCAUCUCCGUGCGGAGCCAACGCCGAAUGCACCAGUGACGACGACGACCGCGCCGACUGCAAGUGCCUGCCGGAGUACUUCGGAAACCCAUGGGUCUCUUGCAAGCCGGAGUGUGUGGUAGACACAGACUGCUCCCGUGACAAGAACUGCUACCGCAACAAGUGCAACAACCCGUGCCCGGCCCCUUGCGGUCAGGGUGCCGAAUGCCGAGUGGUCAACCACGUCACAUCAUGCACGUGUCCCGAGGGAUACAUGGGGGAUCCGUUCGACAUGUGCAAGCCGAAGCCCAUUACGCAGGCACCGACUGAAACGCCCCAAAUCGACAUCAGCCCGUGCCAGCCGUCACCCUGUGGCGACAACGCCCAGUGCGCAGACCGCCAGGGUGUGCCCGUGUGCACCUGUCUGCCGGGCUACUUCGGAAACGCGCUGUACAGCUGUCGGCCGGAGUGUGUUACGCACACCGACUGCGCGCUCAACAAGGCCUGCAGCAACCAGAAGUGCAUCGACCCAUGCCCGGGCUCGUGCGGUGCCAAUGCCGAAUGUCGUGUGGUUAACCACGCGCCAGAGUGCUCGUGCCUGCUCGGCUACACUGGAGACCCCUACGUGCGCUGUUCGCCACAGCCCGUUACGGAGGCUGUAACCAGUCCGUGCACACCGAGCCCGUGCGGACCGAACGCCCAGUGCCGGGAGCAUAACGGUGGCGCUGCCUGCACGUGCCUUGAGGGCUACCAGGGCAGCCCGCCCAACUGCCGGCCCGAGUGCGUCGUCAGCGCAGACUGCGCCAGCCACCUGGCCUGCGUCGGAAACAAGUGCCGAGACCCGUGCGACGACCAGUGCGGCGUCAACGCAGAGUGUCGCGUUAGGAGUCACGUUCCAAUUUGCUCGUGCCUCUCUGGAUUCCAGGGUGAUCCCUUCCAGGGCUGCACAGCUAUUCCAAUCACAACUCCGGCGCCUGAAAAGGCCAUCUGCUACCCUGGAGUGUGUGGCUCGAACGCCAGGUGUCGCGAGCACAACGGCAUCGCCGUCUGCUCGUGUCUCUCCAACUUCUUCGGAAAUCCAUACACGGGCUGUCGGCCUGAGUGCGUCUCAAACGCCGAGUGUCCGCGCAACAAGGGCUGUGAGAACCAGAAGUGCAUUGACCCGUGCGAGGGCAUCUGCGCUCCGUCGGCACUGUGCCGCGUCCACAGCCACGUGGCCAUGUGCUACUGCCCGGAAGGCUACCAGGGUGACCCCUUCACCGCCUGCACGCCGCAACCCAUCACGCCGCGACCCACAGCUCCGGCGGUAUUCGUACCCGAGCGUGAGCCCUGCGAACCUUCGCCGUGCGGCCCCAACACUCAGUGCCGUGACAACGCCGGAGUGCCAGUGUGCAGCUGCCUGCCCGGAUACAAGGGCAAUGCCAUCGUCGGCUGUCGGCCCGAGUGUACUUCCAACGACGACUGCCCGCUGGACAAGGCGUGUGCGCUGCAGAAGUGCAUCGACCCGUGCCCUGGAGUGUGCGGACCCAACGCAGAGUGCAAGAUCAUGAACCACAACCCUGUCUGCCACUGCGUCCCAGGCUACACCGGCAACCCCAACCAAGGAUGUCGACUUAUCCCACAGACCACACCGAAACCUGCCAUCGAGGUAGACCCGUGUCUGCCGAACCCCUGCGGACCGUACUCGCAGUGCCAAAAACACAACGGCCAGGCGGUGUGCUCGUGCGAGAGUGGCUACUUCGGGGUGCCACCCAACUGCAGACCAGAGUGUCUGGUGCCCUCUGACUGCGCCAAGACGCUGACCUGCAUGGACCAGCACUGCGUGGACCCCUGCGAAGGCUCAUGCGGCGUCAACACCCACUGCAAAGUGCGGAAUCACAGCCCAGUCUGCAGCUGUCGCACCGGAUAUGAGGGCGAUCCGUUCACCGGAUGUGCCAUCAGGCGCACCACUCCGCCCCCUCCGUCGGACCCGUGCUUCCCGACGCCGUGCGGCGCCAACACCCAGUGUCGCAACAACAACGGCCUGCCGGUCUGCACCUGCCUGACCAACUACUUCGGCAAUCCGUACGAGGGCUGCAAGCCCGAGUGUGUGCUCGAUGGCGACUGCCCGCUCGACAAGAACUGCGCGCGCAUGAAGUGCGUUAACCCAUGUCCGGGCCCGUGCGGCAGCGGCGCCGACUGCUCGGUGGUCAACCACAUCACCAUGUGCUCCUGCCCAGAAGGAUACACCGGAGACCCAUUCUCGCUCUGCCGACCAGUGCCCGUAACCAGACCAACGCCCCAAGAAGAGAGGCCGAGAAAUCCGUGCAUCCCGUCGCCCUGCGGAUCGAACGCCCAGUGCUCGGAGCGCCAGGGGGCGGCCGUGUGCUCGUGCCUGCCCGGCUAUCACGGAGAUGCCACCCAGGGCUGCCGGCCCGAAUGUGUCACCGACUCCGAGUGCAGUCUCAGCAAGGCCUGCGCGCGCCAGAAGUGCGUCGACCCGUGCGAAGGCGUGUGCAGUAUCAACGCUGACUGUCGCGUCGUCAACCACAAGCCUGUCUGCACAUGUCAGACCAGAUACGAGGGCAACCCCUACUUCGCUCGCUGUGUCAUCAAGCCACAAACGGAGCUGGUCGUCACAGAUCCCUGCCAGCCGAACCCAUGCGGCCCGUAUUCCACCUGCAAAGACAUCAACGGUCGGCCGACCUGCUCGUGUCUGCCCGAGUACCUGGGCAGCCCGCCCAACUGCCGGCCAGAGUGUGUGGUCAGCUCCGACUGCGCCAGCUACCUGGCCUGCGUGGGCGAGAAGUGUGUCGACCCGUGCCCGGGACACUGCGGCGCCAACGCCGACUGCCGUGUCUCCAGUCACACGCCUGUGUGCACAUGUCGCGCCGGCUACACGGGCGAUCCAUUCGUCGAAUGCCGUCUUAGGCCACAGACGACCCUGCCGCCGGCCACCCCGCAGAACCCUUGUUAUGAGGGUCGCUGCGGUGCCAACGCUGACUGCCGCGAGCACAACGGCCUCGGGGUGUGCAGCUGCCGCACCAACUACUUCGGCAAUCCGUACGAAGGCUGCAAGCCCGAGUGUACCACCAACUCCGACUGCGACCGCUCCAAGGCGUGCGAGGCCAUGAAGUGCAGGGACCCGUGUCCGGGCGUCUGCGGCUUCCGGGCCGAGUGCCGUGUCGUGGACCAUGUCGCCAUGUGCUACUGCCCCGCCUACCUCACCGGAGAUCCCUUCGUCGCGUGCAACGAACCGCCUCGUACCCCUGCACCGGCGCGGCCGACUCAACCGGUGGUGGUCCAGCCCUGCUCGCCGUCUCCGUGCGGCAUCAACGCCCAGUGCACGGAGCGCGGCACGGUGGCCGUCUGCUCCUGCCUGGAGCCGUAUGGUGGAGACCCAUACGUCGAGUGCAAGCCCGAAUGCACCAGCAACGCCGAGUGCCCGCAGAAAGAGGCCUGCGCCCGCUACAAGUGCAUCGACCCCUGUCCAGGCGUGUGCGGCCAGAACGCAGAGUGCCGCAUCAUCAACCACAACCCGAUCUGUCACUGUCUGCCGGGCUACAGCGGCGACCCGUGGGCCGGCUGCCGCGCCGUGCCCGUCACUCCGGCCACGCCCGAGGACCCGUGCCGGCCGUCACCGUGCGGACCGAACGCCGAGUGCCGGGACGCCGGCGGCCGACCCAUCUGCUCGUGCCGCCCGUCCUACAUCGGCACGCCGCCCAACUGCCGGCCCGAGUGUGUCGUCAGCUCCGACUGCUCCAGCCUGCACGCCUGCAUCGGCCAAAAGUGCCGCGACGCCUGCCUGGACGUGUGCGGCCUCAACACCAUCUGCCGUGUGGUCAACCACAACCCGGUGUGCAGUUGCAAGCCCGGCUACUCGGGAGAUCCGUUCAGCGGCUGCAUCUUGAAGGCCACCCCAGCCGCUCCGACGGCGCCGGUGGUGGUCGACCCGUGCAGCGCGUCCCCGUGCGGCGCCAACGCCGAGUGCAGGGAGAAGGACGGCCUAGCCAUCUGCGUCUGCAUCCCCGAGUACUUCGGCAACCCGUACAUCUCCUGCCAGCCCGAGUGUGUGCUAGACAACGACUGCUCCCGCGACAAGAACUGCGUGCGCCUGAAGUGCUUGAACCCAUGCCCGGGCCCGUGCGGCAGCGGCGCCCACUGCUCGGUGGUCAACCACAUCACCAUGUGCUCCUGCCCGGAGGGAUACACCGGAGACCCAUUCUCGCUCUGCCGACCCAUCCCAGUCACAACGCCACCGCGUCAGCCCGUCCCCACCAACCCGUGCGCACCAUCGCCGUGCGGCGCCAACGCCCAGUGCAAAGACAACGGCCUGGUGGCCGUGUGCUCGUGCCUGGCCGGAUACCAGGGCGACCCCGUGUCCGGCUGCCGGCCCGAGUGUGUCACGCACGCAGAGUGCCCCUCCAGCAAGGCGUGCGUCGCUCAGAAGUGCGUCGACCCGUGCCCGGGCCUGUGCGGAGCCAACGCGCGCUGUCGUGUGCAGAACCACAACCCGCUGUGUGACUGCCUGGACGGCUACUCCGGCAACCCGUACGAGUCGUGCAGGCUCGCGCCUGUGACCCCUGCGGAGCCUUCGGACCCGUGCCAGCCGAACCCGUGCGGUGCCAACUCGCAGUGCCGCAACCAGGGCGGCAGCGCGUCGUGCGCGUGCCUGCCCGGCUUCCUGGGAGCGCCGCCCAACUGCCGACCAGAGUGCCUGCUCAGCACCGACUGCGCGUCCCACCUGGCCUGCGUCGGCACCAAGUGCGUCGACCCGUGCCCGGGCCGGUGCGGCGCCAACGCCCAGUGCCGCGUGGUCAACCACCAGGCGCAGUGCUCCUGUCUGGAGGGCUACCACGGCGACCCGUUCUCCGGCUGCCGUCCGCGUCCGCUGAACCCGUGCAGCCCCACUCCGUGCGGCCCCAACGCCCGGUGCCGGGAGCACAACGGUCUGGGCGUGUGCAGCUGCGUACCCGAGUACUUCGGCAACCCGUACGAAGGCUGUCGUCCCGAGUGCAUGAUCAAUGAUGACUGCGACCGCUCCAAGGCCUGCGAGCGCAACAAAUGCGUGGACCCGUGCCCCGGCGUCUGCGGCUUCCGUGCCGAGUGCCGGGUGCACAACCACGUGCCGAUGUGCUACUGCCCGGAUGGGUACAAUGGCGACCCGUUCACUGCAUGCACGCCGAUACCAGUCACACCCGCACAACCGACUCAGCCAGUGGUAGUCGACCCAUGCUACCCAUCGCCUUGCGGUUCCAAUGCCGAGUGCAUCUCCAAGGACCGCGAUGACGACGACUUCGCUGUUGCCAUCUGCAAGUGUCUUCCGGGCUUCCCUAAGGGCGACCCGUAUACUGGCUGUCGGCCAGAAUGUGUCACCAACGCCGACUGUGCUCAAACUCGGGCAUGCGGGUCUCAGCAGAAGUGCAUUGACCCCUGCCCUGGACUUUGUGGACACAAUGCCGCGUGCAGAGUCAUCAACCACAAUCCACUCUGUUCCUGCAAUGAAGGCUAUACCGGAUCACCGUAUCAAGGAUGCAGGCAAAUACCACCGAAAGCGCCAAGACAAACGUGCUUCCCAAACCCGUGCGGACCAAACUCUCAGUGUCGCGAGCUCAACGGCCGACCUACCUGUUCGUGCUUGCCUGGCUACUUGUCCAGCCCGCCCAACUGCCGACCGGAGUGCACCAUCCACUCCGACUGUCCCAGUCACCAGGCGUGCGUCGGAGAGAAGUGUGUCGACCCGUGUCCGGGAUCCUGCGGGCAGAACGCCGACUGUCGGGUCUUCAAUCAUAAUCCAGUCUGCACGUGCCGCCCUGGUUACAGGGGUGACGCAUAUGCCUUGUGCACUCCGAUACCUCAGACGCCGGUUCCUACAGCUCCGGUUGUGGCCGACCCUUGCUAUCCGUCACCGUGUGGAGCUAACGCAGAUUGCAGCGACAAGAAUGGCGUUGCGGUAUGCAUUUGCCGGGAUGAGUACUUCGGGAACCCUUACGUUGGAUGCAAACCAGAGUGUGUUCUGGACUCUGACUGCCCGCGGGACAAGAACUGUGACAACAACAAGUGCAGGAACCCAUGCCCAGGCCAGUGUGGCACAGGAGCAGAGUGUCACGUCGUCAACCACAUCAUUAUGUGCAGUUGUCCUCAGGGCCACAUCGGAGAUCCAUUCUCCUAUUGCAGACUGGUGCCGCAAACACCACCGUCAUUUGAGCCUCAGUACACGAACCCCUGCGUGCCAUCGCCUUGCGGCGAGAACGCUCAGUGCCGAGAGGCCAACAACGCAGCUGUGUGCUCUUGUGUGGCUGGUUACCAUGGCGACCCCACUAUCGGAUGUCGACCAGAGUGCGUCUCCAACGCCGAGUGCGCCCCGGCCCUGGCAUGCAUCAGUCAGAAAUGCAAGAACCCGUGCGCUGGUCUCUGUGGAGUCAACGCACAAUGCCGCGUCCUCAACCACAACCCCAGGUGCAACUGCCUGCCAGGAUAUGAAGGAGAUCCUUACCGGAGCUGUGCAGUUGCAAGAACGGACCCUCCACGGCCCCAGAAUCCAUGCCAGCCGAGCCCGUGCGGCCCGAACUCAGAGUGCCGGGAGGUAAACGGCGGAGCCGCCUGCUCCUGCCUGCCGGGAUACAAGGGUGCUCCGCCAGCCUGUCGGCCAGAAUGUGUCCUGAACACGGACUGUGCCGACCACCUGGCCUGCAUCGGACAAAAGUGCCUCAACCCCUGUAGUGGAGAGUGUGGUCAGAACGCGAAAUGCAGCGUUCACAGACACAGCCCUUUGUGUCGCUGUCGUGCCGGUUUUACUGGAGAUCCCUUCCGCGCCUGUCGCAGAAUUCCACCCGCGACGCUCGCUCCGGUUGUGGAAGAAGCAAGAGAUCCGUGCAACCCCACUCCUUGUGGUCCUAACGCGAAGUGCCGAGAACACAACGGUCUGGGCGUGUGCAGCUGUUUACCAGAACAUUUCGGCAAUCCGUAUGAAGGCUGCAAGCCCGAAUGUGUGGUUCACUCUGACUGUGACCGCUCCAAGGCCUGCGAACGCAACAAGUGCGUCGACCCGUGUCCGGGAGUCUGUGGCUUCCGUGCAGAAUGUCGCGUACAUAACCACAUCGCCAUGUGCUACUGCUUGGAAGGUUAUCGAGGCGAUCCGUUCAGCUCAUGUAACCCAGUUCCCGUGACACAACCACCUCGUGAGCCGACGCCGCAAACGGCAGAUCCAUGCUUCCCAUCGCCCUGCGGGCCAAACGCUGAGUGCGUUCACAAAGCCGGUGACGACGACGAUAGUCGCCCCGUCGCUGUCUGCAAGUGUCUUCCGGGCUUCCGUAAGGGCGACCCGUACACCGGCUGUCGGCCAGAAUGUGUCACCAACGCCGACUGUGCUCAAACUCGGGCAUGCGGGUCUCAGCAGAAGUGCAUCGACCCCUGCCCCGGCCUGUGUGGACACAAUGCCGUUUGUAGAAUCAUCAAUCAUAACCCGCUCUGCACCUGCAAUGACGGCUAUACUGGAUCACCGUAUCAAGGAUGCAGACAAAUACCACCGGAAGCUCCUAAGGUGACCUGCUUCCCUAAUCCGUGUGGUCCAAACUCGAAAUGUCGGGAUCUGAACGGCCGCCCGGCCUGCUCGUGUCUACCGGGGUACCUGGGAGCGCCACCCAACUGCCGGCCAGAGUGCACGGUGAACUCAGACUGUCCCAGCCACAUGGCCUGCGCCGGACAAAAGUGCUCGCCGGUUUGUGAAGACGUCUGUGGAGAGAAUGCCGACUGUCGGGCCCAUCGUCAUGUCGCUACGUGUACAUGCAGACCAGGAUACACCGGAGAUGCCUAUUCAUACUGUUCGCCGAUUCCCCAGACCGUACCUCCAACUGCCGCUGCUGAAACGGAUCCAUGCAUUCCGUCUCCGUGUGGUCCCAACGCACAAUGCCAGAACAAGAACGGGCUUGGCAUCUGCGUGUGUGAGGACGAUUACUUUGGAGAUCCAUACAACGGUUGUCAGCCCGAAUGUGUAAUCGACAGCGACUGUUCUCGCGACAAGAACUGCCAGCGGAACAAGUGUGUGGACCCUUGCACUGAACGAUGCGGCAUUCAAGCGGAGUGUCACGUGGCAAACCACAUAGUCAUGUGUACCUGUCCAGCGGGCUAUACGGGAGACGCCUUCUCCUACUGCACCCCGAUCCCGCAAACCGCUCCGCCGCCACGUGAGCCCCAAUACAGCAACCCUUGCGUGCCGACACCCUGCGGACAGAACGCCCAGUGUACGGAGCACGGCGGUAUCCCCGUGUGCUCUUGCAUCAAGGGCUACCACGGCGACGCGACCAUCGGCUGCCGACCAGAGUGCUUCACCAGCUCAGAGUGCUCUCGCCACCUGGCCUGUGUCAACUUGAAAUGCAUCGACCCGUGCUCUGGCCUUUGCGGGCCGAAUGCACAGUGUCGCGUCUCCAACCACAACCCGAUCUGCCACUGCACAGCGGGCUUCACCGGAGAUCCCUACAGGAUCUGCACGAUUGUCCCCUCCACCCCAGAGAGGCCCUCCAACCCGUGCGAGCCGAGUCCAUGCGGGUCGAAUGCCGUAUGCAAAGAGAGGAGCGGCCACGCCUCGUGCUCGUGUCGGCCCGGCUUCCUGGGGACGCCACCCAACUGCCGACACGAGUGCGUGCUGAGCAGCGACUGCGCCGCACGCCUAGCCUGCCUGGAGAACAAAUGCCGCGACCCUUGUCAGGAUCGGUGCGGCGUCGAGGCACUGUGUACCGUGCGGAACCACCAGCCGCUGUGCCGGUGCCCAGCCGGUUACACUGGCGACGCCAGCCGCCUUUGCCGGCCUGUGCCACGGGCGCCGACAACUCCGGCACCAAUUCCACAACAGCAACCAUGCUUCCCGGGCAAAUGCGGCAUAAAUGCCCAGUGUCGGGAGCACAAUGGUCUGGGAAUAUGCACGUGCCUGCCGGAGUACUUCGGCAACCCGUACGAAGGCUGUCGGCCCGAGUGCAUGAUCAAUGAUGACUGCGACCGCUCCAAGGCCUGCGAGCGCAACAAGUGCGUGGACCCGUGCCCCGGCGUCUGCGGCUUCCGUGCCGAGUGCCGGGUGCACGACCACGUGCCGAUGUGCUACUGCCCUGACGGGUACCGAGGAGAUCCGUUCACCGCAUGCACGCCUGUACCAUUGAAACCCGCACAACCGACUCAGCCAGUGGUAGUCGACCCAUGCUACCCAUCGCCUUGCGGUUCCAAUGCCGAAUGCAUCUCCAAGGACCGUGAUGACGACGACUUCGCUGUUGCCAUCUGCAAGUGUCUUCCGGGCUUCCCUAAGGGCGACCCGUACACCGGCUGUCGACCAGAAUGCGUCACCAACGCCGACUGUGCUCAAACUCGGGCAUGCGGGUCUCAGCAGAAGUGCAUUGACCCCUGCCCUGGACUUUGUGGACACAAUGCCGCGUGCAGAGUCAUCAACCACAAUCCACUCUGCUCCUGCAAUGAAGGCUAUACCGGAUCACCGUAUCAAGGAUGCAGGCAAAUACCACCGAAAGCACCAAGACAAACGUGCUUCCCCAACCCGUGCGGACCGAACUCUCAGUGUCGCGAGCUCAACGGCCGACCUACCUGUUCGUGCCUGCCUGGCUACUUGUCCAGCCCGCCCAACUGCCGACCGGAGUGCACCAUCCACUCCGACUGUCCCAGUCACCAGGCGUGCGUCGGAGAGAAGUGUGUCGACCCGUGUCCGGGAUCCUGCGGGCAGAACGCCGACUGUCGGGUCUUCAAUCAUAAUCCGGUCUGCAUGUGCCGUGGAGGGUACACUGGAGAUGCCUACGCACUUUGUACGCCCAUUCCCAAAACUCCGCCACCGACGGCACCGGCGGUGGCCGACCCAUGCUAUCCGUCACCGUGUGGAGCCAACGCAGAUUGCAGCGACAAGAAUGGCGUCGCAGUAUGCAUUUGCCGUGACGAAUACUUCGGGAACCCUUACGUCGGAUGCAAACCAGAGUGUGUCCUGGACACGGAUUGCCCACGGGACAAGAACUGUGACAACAAUAAGUGCAGAAAUCCGUGCCCAGGCCAGUGUGGCACAGGAGCAGAGUGUCACGUCGUCAACCGUAUCAUUAUGUGCAGUUGUCCUGAGGGCCACACCGGAGAUCCAUUCUCCUACUGCAGACUGGUGCCGCAAACACCACCGCCACUUGAGCCUCAGUACACCAACCCCUGUGUGCCAUCGCCUUGCGGCGAGAACGCCCAGUGCCGAGAGGCCAACAACGUAGCCGUGUGCUCUUGUGUGGCUGGUUACCAUGGCGACCCCACCAUCGGAUGCCGACCAGAGUGCGUCUCCAACGCCGAGUGUGCUCCGGCGCUGGCAUGCAUCAGCCAGAAAUGCAAAAACCCGUGCGCCGGCCUCUGUGGAGUCAACGCACAAUGUCGAGUCCUUAACCACAACCCAAGGUGCAACUGCCUGCCAGGAUAUGAAGGGGAUCCCUACAGGAGCUGUGCUGUUGUAAGAACUGAUCCGCCUCGCGACGAGAAUCCAUGCCAGCCGAGCCCGUGCGGCCCGAACUCGGAGUGUCGUGUCAAGAACGGCGGAGCGGCCUGCUCCUGCCUGUCGGGAUACAAGGGUGCUCCACCAGCCUGUCGCCCAGAAUGUGUCCUGAACACGGACUGUGCCGACCACCUGGCUUGCAUCGGACAAAAGUGUCUCGAUCCGUGCCAAGGACAGUGCGGCCAGAACGCCAGGUGUUCUGUACAAAACCAUCGUCCAGUGUGCAGAUGCGACUCUGGCUACACAGGAGAUCCGUUCCGAUAUUGCUCGCCAAUUCCUCAGACUACUGUCGCUCCGGUUGUUCAAGAACAAGACCCCUGCUACCCUGGAAAGUGUGGCCCGAACGCCCAGUGCCGCGUACACAACAGCAUCGGAGUUUGUAGCUGUCUACCAGAAUACUUUGGCAACCCAUAUGAAGGCUGCAAGCCCGAAUGUGUGGUUCACUCAGACUGUGAUCGCUCCAAAGCCUGCGAACGCAACAAGUGCGUCGACCCCUGUCGUGGCGUGUGCGGCUUCCGUGCUGAGUGCCGUGUGCAGAAUCACGUGGCCAUGUGCUUCUGCCCAGAGGGAUAUAAGGGCGACCCCUUCUCAGCAUGCACACCGGUUCCGGUCACUCAGCCACCACAGGAACCGGCAAAGGCCGAUCCUUGCUUCCCAUCUCCGUGUGGAUCAAACGCCGAGUGCAUAUCCAAGGACCGGGAUGAUGACGACUCCGCUGUUGCAAUCUGCAAGUGUCUUCCGGGCUUCCCCAAGGGCGACCCGUAUACCGGCUGUCGGCCAGAAUGUGUCACCAACGCCGACUGUGGUCAAACACAGGCAUGCGGGUCUCAGCAGAAGUGCAUCGACCCCUGCCCCGGCCUGUGUGGACACAAUGCUGCGUGCAGAGUCAUCAACCACAACCCGCUCUGCACCUGCAACGCUGGUUACUCUGGAUCGCCCUAUCAAGGAUGCAUUCAAAUCAAACCCGAGACACCCAAGCAAACCUGCUUCCCAAACCCCUGCGGGCCUAACUCGCAGUGUCGGGAGCUGAACGGACGUCCUACAUGCUCGUGUCUGCCGGAGUACCUGGGAGCGCCACCCAACUGCCGGCCAGAGUGUGUGGUCAACACCGACUGUCCCAGUUACCAAGCCUGCGUUGGGCAGAAGUGUGUCGACCCGUGCCCCGGAUCCUGUGGCCAGAAUGCCGAUUGUCGGGUUCAAAGUCACAAUCCAGUCUGCUCAUGCCUGCGUGGGUUUACGGGAAACGCAUAUGCCCUCUGCACUCCAAUUCCUCAAACUCCGCCGCCGACAGCACCGGCAGUGGCCGACCCAUGCUAUCCGUCACCGUGUGGAGCCAACGCAGAUUGCAGCGACAAGAAUGGCGUCGCGGUAUGCAUUUGCCGUGACGAAUACUUCGGGAACCCUUACGUCGGAUGCAAACCAGAGUGUGUCCUGGACACGGAUUGCCCACGGGACAAGAGCUGUGACAACAAUAAGUGCAGAAACCCGUGCCCAGGCCAGUGUGGCACAGGAGCAGAGUGUCACGUCGUCAACCGUAUCAUUAUGUGCAGUUGUCCUGAGGGCCACACCGGAGAUCCAUUCUCCUACUGCAGACUGGUGCCGCAGACGCCACCGCCAUUUGAGCCUCAGUACACUAACCCCUGCGUGCCAUCGCCUUGCGGCGAGAACGCCCAGUGCCGAGAGGCCAACAACGCAGCUGUGUGCUCUUGUGUGGCUGGUUACCAUGGCGACCCCACCAUCGGAUGUCGACCAGAGUGCGUCUCCAACGCCGAGUGCGCUCCGGCGCUGGCAUGCAUCAGUCAGAAAUGCAAAAACCCGUGCGCCGGCCUCUGUGGAGUCAACGCACAAUGUCGAGUCCUUAACCACAACCCAAGGUGCAACUGCCUGCCAGGAUAUGAAGGGGAUCCCUACAGGAGCUGUGCUGUUGUAAGAACUGAUCCGCCUCGCGACGAGAAUCCAUGCCAGCCGAGCCCGUGCGGCCCGAACUCUGAGUGUCGUGUCAAGAACGGCGGAGCGGCCUGCUCCUGCCUGUCGGGAUACAAGGGUGCUCCACCAGCCUGUCGGCCAGAAUGUGUCAUGAACACGGACUGUGCCGACCACCUGGCUUGCAUCGGACAAAAGUGUCUCGAUCCGUGCCAAGGGCAGUGCGGUCAGAACGCCAGGUGUGCUGUACAAAAUCAUCGUCCAGUGUGCAGAUGCGACACGGGAUUCACAGGAGAUGCCUUCCGAUACUGCUCGCCAAUUCCUCAAACUACUAUCGCUCCGGUUGUUCAAGAACAAGACCCCUGCUACCCUGGAAAGUGUGGCCCGAACACCAAGUGCCGCGUACACAAUGGAAUUGGAGUUUGUAGCUGUCUACCAGAAUACUUUGGCAACCCGUAUGAGGGCUGCAAGCCCGAAUGUAUGGUUCACUCAGACUGUGAUCGUUCCAAGGCCUGCGAACGCAACAAGUGCGUCGACCCCUGUCGUGGCGUGUGCGGCUUCCGUGCUGAGUGCCGUGUACAUAAUCACGUGGCCAUGUGCUUCUGCCCAGAGGGAUACAAGGGCGAUCCCUUCUCAGCAUGCACACCGGUUCCGGUCACUCAGCCACCGCAGGAACCGGCAAAGGCCGAUCCUUGCUUCCCAUCUCCGUGUGGAUCAAACGCCGAGUGCAUCUCCAAGGACCGCGAUGAUGACGACUCGGCUGUUGCGAUCUGCAAGUGUCUUCCGGGCUUCCCCAAGGGCGACCCAUAUACCGGCUGUCGGCCAGAAUGUGUCACCAACGCCGACUGUGCUCAAACUCGGGCAUGCGGGUCUCAGCAGAAGUGCAUCGACCCCUGUCCCGGCCUGUGUGGGCACAAUGCCGCGUGCAGAGUCAUCAACCACAACCCACUCUGCACUUGUAACACCGGUUAUACUGGAUCGCCGUAUCAAGGAUGCAUCGAAAUAAAACCGGAGGCACCCAAGCAAACCUGCUUCCCGAACCCCUGCGGGCCUAACUCGCAGUGUCGGGAGCUGAACGGACGUCCUACAUGCUCGUGUCUGCCGGAGUACCUGGGAGCGCCACCCAACUGCCGGCCAGAGUGUGUGGUCAACACUGACUGUCCGAGUUACCAAGCCUGCGUCUCACAGAAGUGCGUUGACCCGUGCCCAGGAUCAUGUGGACAGAAUGCCGACUGCCGGGUUCAGAGCCACAAUCCUUCCUGUUCUUGUCUACCUGGAUUCACCGGCAACGCAUAUGCUCUCUGCACUCGCAUUCCUCAAACUCCGCCGCCGACAGCACCGGCAGUGGCCGACCCAUGCUAUCCGUCACCGUGUGGAGCCAACGCAGAUUGCAGCGACAAGAAUGGCGUCGCGGUAUGCAUUUGCCGUGAUGAAUACUUCGGGAACCCGUACAGUGGAUGUAAACCAGAGUGUGUCCUGGAUACAGAUUGUCCACGGGACAAGAACUGUGACGGCAACAAGUGCAGAAACCCGUGCCCAGGCCAGUGUGGCACAGGAGCAGAGUGUCACGUCGUCAACCGUAUCAUUAUGUGCAGUUGUCCUGAGGGCCACACCGGAGAUCCAUUCUCCUACUGCAGACUGGUGCCGCAAACGCCACCGCCAUUUGAGCCUCAGUACACCAACCCCUGCGUGCCAUCGCCGUGCGGCGAGAACGCCCAGUGCCGAGAGGCCAACAACGCAGCUGUGUGCUCUUGUGUGGCUGGUUACCAUGGCGACCCCACCAUCGGAUGUCGACCAGAGUGCGUCUCCAACGCCGAGUGCGCUCCGGCACUGGCUUGCAUUAACCAGAAAUGCAAGAACCCGUGCGCCGGCCUCUGUGGAGUCAACGCACAAUGCCGCGUCCUCAACCACAACCCAAGGUGUAACUGCCUGCCAGGAUAUGAGGGAGAUCCCUACAGGAGCUGCGUUAUCUCGAGAACUGAUCCACCCCGUGACGAAAACCCAUGCCAGCCGAGCCCUUGCGGCCCGAACUCAGAGUGUCGUGUCAAGAACGGCGGAGCUGCCUGCUCCUGUCUGGAGGGAUACAAGGGUGCUCCACCAGCCUGUCGCCCAGAAUGUGUCCUGAACACGGACUGUGCCGACCACCUGGCUUGCAUCGGACAGAAAUGCCUCGAUCCGUGCCAAGGACAGUGCGGCCAGAACGCCAGGUGUUCUGUACAAAACCAUCGUCCAGUGUGCAGAUGCGACUCUGGCUACACAGGAGAUCCGUUCCGAUACUGCUCGCCUAUUCCGCAAACUACCGUCGCUCCGGUUGUUCAAGAACAAGACCCCUGCUACCCUGGAAAGUGUGGCCCGAACGCCCAGUGCCGCGUCCACAAUGGAAUUGGAGUUUGCAGCUGUCUGCCAGAGUACUUCGGCAACCCGUAUGAAGGCUGCAAGCCCGAAUGUGUGGUUCACUCAGACUGUGACCGUUCCAAGGCCUGCGAACGCAACAAGUGCGUCGACCCCUGUCGUGGCGUGUGCGGCUUCCGUGCUGAGUGCCGUGUGCAGAACCACGUGGCCAUAUGCUUCUGCCCAGAAGGAUAUAAGGGCGACCCCUUCUCAGCAUGCACACCGGUUCCGGUCACUCUGCCACCGCAGGAACCGGCAAAGGCCGAUCCUUGCUUCCCAUCUCCGUGUGGAUCAAACGCCGAGUGCAUAUCCAAGGACCGUGAUGAUGACGACUCGGCUGUUGCAAUCUGCAAGUGUCUUCCGGGCUUCCCCAAGGGCGACCCGUAUACCGGCUGUCGGCCAGAAUGUGUGACCAACGCCGACUGUGCUCAAACUCGGGCAUGCGGGUCUCAGCAGAAGUGCAUCGACCCCUGUCCCGGCCUGUGUGGGCACAAUGCCGCGUGCAGAGUCAUCAACCACAACCCACUCUGCACUUGUAACACCGGUUAUACUGGAUCGCCGUAUCAAGGAUGCAACGAAAUUAAACAGGAGACUUCCAAGCAAACCUGCUUCCCGAACCCCUGCGGGCCCAACUCGCAGUGUCGGGAGCUGAACGGACGUCCUACAUGCUCGUGUCUGCCGGAGUACCUGGGAGCGCCACCCAACUGCCGGCCAGAGUGUGUGGUCAACACUGACUGUCCGAGUUACCAAGCCUGCGUCUCCCAGAAGUGCGUCGAUCCGUGCCCAGGAUCAUGUGGACAGAAUGCCGACUGCAGGGUCCAAAGUCAUAACCCAGUCUGCUCAUGUCUGCCUGGGUUCACGGGCAACGCAUAUGCCCUCUGCAACCGCAUUCCUCAAACUCCGCCACCGACGGCACCGGCAGUUGCCGACCCAUGUUAUCCGUCACCGUGUGGAGCCAACGCAGAUUGCAGCGACAAGAAUGGCGUCGCGGUAUGCAUUUGCCGUGAUGAAUACUUUGGGAACCCGUACAGUGGGUGUAAACCAGAAUGCGUCCUGGACACGGAUUGCCCACGGGACAAGAACUGUGACAACAACAAGUGCAGAAACCCGUGCCCAGGCCAGUGUGGUACAGGAGCAGAGUGUCGCGUCGUCAACCGCAUCAUUAUGUGCAGUUGUCCUGAGGGCCACACCGGAGAUCCAUUCUCCUACUGCAGACUGGUACCGCAAACACCACCGCCAUUUGAGCCUCAGUACACCAACCCUUGUGUGCCAUUGCCUUGCGGCGAGAACGCCCAGUGCCGAGAGGCCAACAACGCAGCCGUGUGCUCUUGUGUGGCUGGUUACCAUGGCGACCCCACCAUCGGAUGCCGACCGGAGUGCGUCUCCAACGCCGAGUGCGCCCCGGCCCUGGCAUGCAUCAGCCAGAAAUGCAAGAACCCGUGCGCCGGUCUCUGUGGAGUCAACGCACAAUGUCGAGUCCUUAACCACAACCCCAGGUGCAACUGCCUGCCAGGAUAUGAAGGGGAUCCCUACAGGAGCUGCGCUGUUGCCAGAACCGAUCCACCCCGUGACGAAAAUCCAUGCCAGCCGAGUCCGUGCGGCCCGAACUCGGAGUGUCGUGUCAAGAACGGCGGAGCGGCCUGCUCCUGCCUGUCGGGAUACAAGGGUGCUCCGCCAGCCUGUCGGCCAGAAUGUGUCCUGAACACGGACUGUGCCGACCACCUGGCUUGCAUCGGACAGAAAUGUCUCGAUCCGUGCCAGGGACAGUGCGGCCAGAACGCAAGGUGUUCUGUACAAAACCAUCGUCCAGUGUGCAGAUGCGACACGGGAUUCACAGGAGAUGCAUUCCGAUACUGCUCGCCCAUUCCAGAAACUACUCUCGCUCCGGUUGUUCAGGAACAAGACCCCUGCUACCCUGGAAAGUGUGGCCCGAACGCCCAAUGUCGAGUACACAAUGGAAUUGGAGUUUGCAGCUGUCUGCCAGAAUACUUUGGCAACCCGUAUGAAGGCUGCAAGCCCGAAUGUGUGGUUCACUCAGACUGUGAUCGUUCCAAGGCCUGCGAACGCAACAAGUGCGUCGACCCCUGUCGUGGCGUGUGCGGCUUCCGUGCUGAGUGCCGUGUGCAGAAUCACGUGGCCAUGUGCUUCUGCCCAGAAGGAUAUAAGGGCGACCCCUUCUCAGCAUGCACACCGGUUCCGGUCACUCAGCCACCGCAGGAACCGGCAAAGGCCGAUCCUUGCUUCCCAUCUCCGUGUGGAUCAAACGCCGAGUGCAUCUCCAAGGACCGCGAUGAUGACGACUCGGCUGUUGCAAUCUGCAAGUGUCUUCCGGGCUUCCCCAAGGGCGACCCGUAUACCGGCUGUCGGCCAGAAUGUGUCACCAACGCCGACUGUGCUCAAACUCUGGCAUGCGGGUCUCAGCAGAAAUGCAUCGACCCCUGUCCCGGCCUGUGUGGACACAAUGCCGCGUGCAGAGUCAUCAACCACAACCCGCUCUGCACCUGCAACGCUGGUCACACUGGAUCGCCUUAUCAAGGAUGCACUGAGAUAAAACCGGAGACACCCAAGCAAACCUGCUUCCCGAACCCCUGCGGGCCCAACUCGCAGUGUCGGGAGCUGAACGGACGUCCAACAUGUUCGUGUCUGCCGGAGUACCUGGGAGCGCCACCCAACUGCCGGCCAGAGUGUGUGGUCAACACUGACUGUCCGAGUUACCAAGCCUGCGUCUCACAGAAGUGCGUUGACCCGUGCCCAGGAUCGUGUGGACAGAAUGCCGACUGCCGGGUUCAGAGCCACAAUCCUGUAUGCGUAUGCCUUCAGGGAUUCACAGGAGACGCCUAUUCGCUUUGUACACCGAUCCCACAAACUCCGCCACCAACGGCACCGGCAGUGGCCGACCCAUGCUAUCCGUCACCGUGUGGAGCCAACGCAGAUUGCAGCGACAAGAACGGCGUCGCGGUAUGCAUUUGCCGUGACGAAUACUUCGGGAACCCGUACAGCGGAUGUAAACCAGAGUGUGUCCUGGACACGGAUUGCCCUCGGGACAAGAACUGUGACAACAACAAGUGCAGGGACCCGUGCCCAGGCCAGUGUGGCACAGGAGCAGAGUGUCGCGUCGCCAACCACCGCAUCAUGUGUCAUUGUCCUGAGGGCCACACCGGAGAUCCAUUCUCCUACUGCAGACUGGUGCCGCAGACGCCACCGCCAUUUGAGCCUCAGUACACCAACCCCUGCGUGCCAUCGCCUUGCGGCGAGAACGCUCAGUGCCGAGAGGCCAACAACGCAGCCGUGUGCUCUUGUGUGGCUGGAUACCAUGGCGACCCCACCAUCGGAUGUCGACCAGAGUGUGUCUCCAACGCCGAGUGCGCCCCGGCCCUGGCAUGCAUCAACCAGAAAUGCAAGGACCCAUGUGUUGGUCUAUGUGGUGUUAGCGCGCGUUGUCGCGUUCUCAACCACAACCCCAGGUGCAACUGUCUGCCAGGAUAUGAGGGCGAUCCUUACAGACGCUGCGUGGUUACCAGACCCGAACAACCUCGCCCUGGAAACCCGUGCCAGCCGAGCCCGUGCGGCCCGAACGCGGAGUGCCGGGAGCUGAACGGCGGAGCCGCCUGCUCCUGUCUGGAGGGAUACAAGGGUGCUCCACCAGCCUGUCGACCAGAAUGUGUUCUGAACACGGACUGUGCCGAGCACCUGGCUUGCAUCGGACAGAAGUGUUUGGAUCCAUGCAGGGACGAAUGUGGUCAAGGUGCUAAAUGCACCGUGGUCAACCACAACCCUGUUUGCCGCUGCGAGGCAGGCCUCGUGGGCGAUCCAUACAGUUUCUGCAGAGCAGUGCCAACAACCACUCCAAGACCUGAACAACCACAAAACCCGUGCUACCCUGGCAAGUGCGGCCCGAACGCCCAGUGCCGUGUGCACAAUGACAUCGGCGUGUGCAGCUGUCUACCAGAGUACUUCGGCAACCCGUAUGAGGGAUGCAAGCCGGAGUGCUUGGUAGAUUCCGAGUGUGAUCGUUCCAAGGCCUGUGAGCGCAACAAGUGCGUGGACCCGUGCCCUGGCGUCUGCGGAUUCCGGGCCGAGUGUCGGGUGCAAAACCACAUGGCGAUAUGCUUCUGCCUGGAAGGAUAUAGGGGCGAUCCAUUCACUGCCUGCACACCGAUACCAGUCACACCACAACCAUCUGCCCCGGUUGAGACAGAUCCGUGCAAUCCAACGCCAUGCGGAGCAAACGCUGACUGCAUUGAGAAGAACGGUGUUGCCACGUGCAAAUGUCGCCCAGGAUACCCCAAGGGAGACCCUUUCAGUGGUUGCCGACCCGAGUGCAUCACCAGUGCCGACUGCGCGCAAACGAAAGCCUGCGGCACUCAGCAAAAAUGCAUUGAUCCAUGCCCAGGUCUUUGCGGCUCGAACGCCCUGUGCCAAACCAUCAACCACCAGCCGAUCUGCCGCUGCAACAGCGGCUACACGGGAGAUCCUUAUCGUGUGUGCACCAAAGAAAUUCCCCGCGAGCCGGUGAACCCGUGCUUCCCGAGCCCAUGCGGCCCGUACUCUGAAUGCCGUGUCUUGAACGGAGGUGCAGCAUGCUCUUGCAAGCCGACGUACAUCGGAGCACCACCACAGUGCCGACCUGAGUGCGUUGUGAACUCAGAAUGUUCCAACCACCUGGCCUGCAUUCAAGAGAAGUGCGUCGACCCGUGCCCGGGCAAGUGCGGGCUUAAUGCACAGUGCUCCGUGCGCAACCACAACCCGAAGUGCACAUGUCUUCCAGGAUACAACGGAGAUCCGUACUCUCGAUGUGUUCGGGAAAUACAAACGACCCCGAGACCGCCUGCUGCUGAGGUUGAUCCGUGCUACCCAUCGCCAUGUGGUGCCAACGCGGAUUGCACGAACAGAGAUGGUCUUGGCGUAUGCAAGUGUCGACCAGAGUUCUUCGGCAAUCCAUACGAAGGAUGCAGACCGGAAUGUGUUCUGGACACCGACUGUCAACUGGACAAGAACUGUGAAGCAAACAAGUGCAUCGAUCCUUGUCCUGGACGCUGUGGAUCCGGCGCCGAGUGUCUCGUCGCUAACCACGUCAUCAUCUGUUUGUGUCCGGCCGGCUACACGGGAGAUCCGUUCUCAUACUGUAGAUCGAUCCCUGACGAUCCUCCACGCCCAGAGCCGCCAUCGAACCCGUGCUUCCCGAAUCCGUGCGGACCGAACGCCCAGUGCCGUGAGGCGAACGGCGUGGCAGUCUGCGUCUGUCUGCCCGAGUACCGUGGUGAUCCCACGACGGGCUGCAGACCUGAAUGUGUAUCGCCGGCCGAAUGCUCAUCGGAUAAGACAUGCGUCAACCGUAAAUGUGUUGACCCGUGCCCCGGGGUGUGUGGACAGAACGCACAAUGCCGUGCUAUAAACCACAACCCGGUGUGCGACUGUCUGCCAGGCUUUGUCGGUGACCCGUACCGCCGUUGCACGCUGGAGGUGGUCACUCAGCCAGUCAAGGAUGACCCGUGCUCACCGAACCCAUGCGGACCGAACUCUAUCUGCCGUGUGAUCGGCGACAAGGCAGCCUGCAGCUGCGAACAGGGCUACAAGGGAUCGCCUCCAAACUGUCGCCCUGAGUGCGUCACCAACCCAGAAUGUUCGGCCGAUAAGGCGUGCUACGGACAAAAGUGCGUGGAUCCCUGUCCGGGCCAGUGCGGAACGAAUGCCAACUGUCUCGUACAGAACCACAAUCCAGUCUGCAACUGCCAGGCGGGAUACACUGGAGACCCAUAUCGGUUCUGCUCACCCAUUCCUAAAACCACUCCGAGACCCCAGGCACCACAAAACCCGUGCUACCCUGGCAAGUGCGGCCCGAACGCCCAGUGCCGUGUGCACAAUGACAUCGGCGUGUGCAGCUGUCUACCAGAGUACUUCGGCAACCCGUAUGAGGGAUGCAAGCCGGAAUGUGUGGUCAACAGUGACUGCGUCAAGUCCAAGGGCUGUGAAAGGAACAAGUGCGUUGACCCGUGUCCUGGUGUCUGCGGCUUCCGCGCAGAGUGUCGAGUUCAAGACCACGUGGCGAUUUGCUACUGCCCGGAUGGAUACAGAGGUGAUCCAUUCACAGCAUGCACACCAGUUCCAGUGACCGAGCCGCCGAGGGAGCCAGUCAAGACCGAUCCGUGCUUCCCGUCACCAUGUGGACCCAACGCCGAGUGCGUUACCAGGGACAAUGAUGACGACGAAAAGGCAGUAGCAAUCUGCAAAUGCCUCCCAGGAUUCCCGAAGGGAGACCCAGUAACUGGCUGUCGACCAGAGUGCACUGUCAAUGCGGAUUGUUCUCCGACACAGGCAUGUGGAUCCCUACAGAAGUGUGUGGACCCGUGCCCUGGAUUGUGCGGAGCCAACGCCCGAUGCAGCACAAUCAACCACCAACCGAUUUGCCAGUGCAACGACGGCUAUUCAGGAGACCCAUAUCGUACCUGUACUCCUAUUGUCCCCCGCGAGCCGGUGAACCCGUGCUUCCCGAGCCCAUGCGGCCCGUACUCUGAAUGCCGCGUCUUGAACGGAGGUGCAGCAUGCUCUUGCAAGCCAACGUACAUCGGAGCACCACCACAGUGCCGACCUGAGUGCGUUGUGAACUCAGAAUGCUCCAAUUAUCUGGCCUGCAUUCAAGAGAAGUGCGUCGACCCUUGCCCGGGCAAGUGUGGGCUUAACGCACAAUGUUCCGUGCGCAGCCACAACCCCAGAUGCACAUGUCUUCCAGGAUACACCGGAGACCCGUACUCUCGAUGUGUGAAGGAAAUAGCCCCAACUCCGAGACCACCGGCUGCUGAGGUUGAUCCUUGCUACCCAUCGCCAUGUGGUGCCAACGCGGAUUGCACAAACAGAGAUGGUCUGGGCGUAUGCAAGUGUCGACCAGAGUUCUUCGGUAAUCCAUAUGAAGGAUGUAGACCAGAAUGUGUUCUGGACACAGACUGUCAACUGGACAAGAACUGUGAAGCAAACAAGUGCAUCGAUCCUUGUCCUGGACGCUGUGGAUCCGGCGCCGAGUGUCUCGUCGCUAACCACGUCAUCAUCUGUCUGUGUCCGGCUGGCUACACGGGAGAUCCGUUCUCAUACUGUAGAUCGAUCCCUGACGAUCCUCCACGCCCAGAGCCGCCAUCGAACCCGUGCUUCCCGAAUCCGUGCGGACCGAACGCCCAGUGCCGUGAGGCGAACGGCGUGGCAGUCUGCGUCUGUCUGCCCGAGUACCGUGGUGAUCCCACGACGGGCUGCAGACCUGAAUGUGUAUCGCCGGCCGAAUGCUCAUCGGAUAAGACAUGCGUCAACCGUAAAUGUGUUGACCCGUGCCCCGGGGUGUGUGGACAGAACGCACAAUGCCGUGCUAUAAACCACAACCCGGUGUGCGACUGUCUGCCAGGCUUUGUCGGUGACCCGUACCGCCGUUGCACGCUGGAGGUGGUCACUCAGCCAGUCAAGGAUGACCCGUGCUCACCGAACCCAUGCGGACCGAACUCUAUCUGCCGUGUGAUCGGCGACAAGGCAGCCUGCAGCUGCGAACAGGGCUACAAGGGAUCGCCUCCAAACUGUCGCCCUGAGUGCGUCACCAACCCAGAAUGUUCGGCCGAUAAGGCGUGCUACGGACAAAAGUGCGUGGAUCCCUGUCCGGGCCAGUGCGGAACGAAUGCCAACUGUCUCGUGCAGAACCACAAUCCAGUCUGCAACUGCCAGGCGGGAUACACUGGAGACCCAUAUCGGUUCUGCUCGCCCAUUCCGCAAACCACUCCGAGACCCCAGGCACCACAAAACCCGUGCUACCCUGGCAAGUGCGGCCCGAACGCCCAGUGCCGUGUGCACAAUGACAUCGGCGUGUGCAGCUGUCUACCAGAGUAUUUCGGCAACCCAUAUGAGGGAUGCAAGCCGGAAUGUGUGGUCAACAGUGACUGCGUCAAGUCCAAGGGCUGUGAAAGGAACAAGUGCGUUGACCCUUGCCCUGGCGUCUGCGGCUUCCGCGCCGAGUGCCGAGUGCAAGAUCACUUCGCUAUGUGCUACUGCCCUGACGGCUAUCAAGGAGACCCAUUCACUGUCUGCACCCCUGUUCCGGCGACUCAGCCACCCAGGGAACCGGUAAAGACCGAUCCCUGCUACCCGUCCCCGUGCGGUCCCAACGCCGAGUGCAUUGCAAAGGACGAUGAUGACGAUGGACAGGCUGUGGCAGUCUGCAAGUGUCGUCCGGGUUUCCCCAAGGGGGAUCCCGUUACCGGCUGUCGCCCGGAGUGCACCACCAACGCCGACUGUUCCCAGUCAGAGGCGUGUGGCUCUCAGCAGAAAUGCGUUGAUCCUUGUCCCGGUGUGUGCGGCACGAACGCCCUGUGCACAGUGUUCAAUCACAACCCAAUGUGCAACUGCAAGCAGGGAUACCAAGGCAAUGCAUACGGAUACUGCUCACCAAUUCCACAGGAAACACCGAAACAGGGCUGCUUCCCGAACCCAUGCGGGCCCAACUCGCAGUGCCAGGAGGUAAAUGGUCGUCCGACAUGCUCGUGUCUGCCGGAGUACCUGGGAGCGCCACCCAACUGCCGGCCAGAGUGUGUGGUCAGCUCCGAUUGCCCCAGCUACCAGGCCUGCGUCUCGCAGAAGUGCGUCGACCCGUGCAUCGGCGCAUGCGGCCAGAACGCCGAGUGUCGCGUUCAGAAUCACAACCCACUCUGCUUCUGUCUGCCAGGCUACACUGGAAACGCUUAUCAGCUCUGCUCAGCAAUACCAGUAACGCCGAGACCGACAGCACCGGUAAAGGUCGACCCUUGCUUCCCGUCGCCAUGCGGCUCCAACGCCAACUGUGAGGAGCGCAACUCGAUCGCGGUGUGCAAGUGCAUCGAGGGCUUCUUUGGCAACCCGUACGUCAGCUGCCGGCCAGAAUGCCUGCUCAACCAGGACUGCUCGCGCGACAAGGCCUGCAGUCGCGACCUCAAGUGUGUGGACCCAUGUCCAGGCACCUGCGGCGUGGAGGCUGUGUGCAACGCUGUCAACCACAUUGCAAGCUGCUACUGCCCUGAAGGCAUGAUCGGAGAUCCCUUCGUCCAGUGUCGCUUCAAGCCCGCUGAACCGGUCCGGCCCCAAGAGCCGGCGAACCCAUGCGUGCCUUCUCCGUGCGGCCCGAAUGCCAACUGUCGCCUGAUGAACGGCGUGGCGCUUUGCACCUGCUUGCCGGGCUUCAUCGGCGACCCACUCGACCGGUGUCGCCACGAGUGCGUCUCCAGUUCGGAGUGCGUCUCGGACAAGGCGUGCAUCGGCUUCAAGUGCCGCGAUCCGUGUGAGGGCACGUGCGGUCAUCGGGCCGAGUGUCGCGUGGUGAACCACCAGCCGCGCUGCUCGUGCCCGUCCGGCCUCAGCGGCGACCCGUACCGCGCCUGCUACGACGCCCCGGUAACGCGGCCCGCCGUCGGCGACCCAUGCCAGCCGAGCCCGUGCGGUCCCAACUCGGUGUGUCGCGUGCAGGACGGCCGUGCCGCCUGCUCGUGUCGCGACGAGUACCAGGGUGCGCCGCCUAACUGCCGACCGGAGUGCGUGCUCAACGACGACUGUUCCUCGGACAGGGCCUGUGUCAGCCAGAAGUGUCAGGACAUCUGCCCUGGCUUCUGUGGAACCAAUGCAGUCUGCAAUAUGCGUAACCACAUUCCUACUUGCUCUUGCAACGCAGGAUACACGGGAGACGCCUACAGAUACUGUUCUCCCAUACCGCAGACUACACCAGCACCUGCCGAGCCAAGAAAUCCAUGCUACCCUGGCAAGUGCGGCCAGAACGCACAGUGCCGCGUCCACAACGACAUCGGUGUCUGCAGCUGCCUACCAGAGUACUUCGGCAACCCAUACGAGCGCUGCCGGCCCGAAUGUGAAAGUAACGCAGACUGCGAUCGCUCCAAGGCCUGCGAACGCAACAAGUGCGUGGACCCGUGCCCCGGCGUGUGCGGCUUCCGGGCCGAGUGCCGAGUGCAGGCGCACGUGGCCAUGUGCUACUGCCCGGCUGGCUACGAGGGCGAUCCAUUCACGUCGUGCCGAUUGGUGCCACCGCCCCAGGAGCCAGUGACCAGACCGCCGGCCACACCAUGCUUCCCGAACCCGUGCGGCCCGAACGCCGACUGCCAGGAGAAGAACGGCGUGGCGCAGUGCGUGUGCCGGACGGGCUACCCUCGCGGUGAUCCGAUCUCCGGCUGCCGGCCCGAGUGCGUCACCAACGAGGAGUGCUCGUUCUCUCAGGCGUGUAUGCGCCAGAAGUGCAGAGACCCGUGCCCGGGCGUGUGCGGCCUGAACGCACAGUGCACGGUGCAAAACCACAAUCCCAUCUGCCGCUGCAACGAAGGCUAUCGCGGCGACCCCUUCACCGUCUGCCGUCCCGAGCCUGAUGACGAGACACCUAGGCAGACCUGCUUCCCGAACCCAUGCGGGCCCAACUCGCAGUGCCAGGAGGUAAAUGGUCGUCCAACCUGCUCUUGUCUGCCGGAGUACCUGGGAGCGCCACCCAACUGCCGACCAGAGUGUGUGGUCAGCUCCGAUUGCCCCAGCUACCAGGCCUGCGUCUCGCAGAAGUGCGUCGACCCAUGCAUCGGCGUAUGCGGCGUCAAUAGCGAGUGCCGCGUGCAGAACCACGCGCCGCUCUGUUUGUGCGUGGCCGGCUACACGGGCGAUCCGUUCGUCACGUGCCGUCCGGUACCAACGACGCUGCCGCCGCGCCAGCCGGUGGUGGGCAACCCAUGCAACCCGUCGCCAUGCGGAGCCAACGCCUACUGCCGGGAGAAGAACGGUGUCGCCGUCUGCUCCUGCCAGGACGAGUACUUCGGAGACCCGUACUCGGGCUGUCGGCCAGAGUGUGUCCUGGACGAUGACUGUGCGCGCGACAAGCACUGCUCCAACCGCAAGUGUCGCGACCCGUGCCCGGGAAUGUGCGGUCUCAACGCCGACUGCCGUGUUAUCAACCACGUCCCGAUGUGCUCGUGUCCUGUGGGCUACACCGGCAACGGAUUCUCCAGCUGCUACCCGGUCCCGUCGACCUCGAAGCCGGCUGCACCCCCGCUGGUGCGCGACCCGUGCUACCCGAACCCGUGCGGCACGUACGCCACGUGCCGUGCCGUCAACGGCGUGGGCGUGUGCGCGUGUCCGCCCGACUACCUUGGCGAUCCGACGGUCGGCUGCCGGCCGGAGUGUCGCACGCCCUCCGACUGUCCGUUCGACGAGACCUGCGUCCGAGAGAAGUGUAUCGACCCUUGCCCGGGCACGUGCAGCGCCUUCACACAGUGUGUGGUGCGCGCCCACAACCCCAUCUGCACGUGCCUGCCCGGCUAUAUUGGCGAUCCGUUCCGAGGAUGCUAUCCGAGACCGGAAGCACCUCAGGAGAAUGACCCGUGCGACCCGAACCCAUGCGGAGAUGACGAUGACGACGCCACGUGCCGCGUGGUGAACGGCGUGGCACUGUGCAUCCCGGCCGAGCCGGAGCAGCCGCGCCGCGAGUGCUCCACCAACGCAGAGUGCGCACGCCACCUGGCCUGCAUCGGCUUCCGCUGCGUCGACCCGUGCCCAGGCAGCUGCGGCACCGGGGCGCGCUGCGACGUCAUCAACCACGUGCCCCGCUGCCACUGUCCGGCAGGCACCACCGGCAACCCGGUGCGCUACUGCGCGCCGGUGCCCGCCUCCACGCCGGCGCCGCGGCCGCAGGACCCGUGCUUCCCGUCUCCAUGCGCCGAGAACGCUCGCUGCCGCAAUCACAACGGCGUGGCUGUUUGCACGUGUCUGCCCGAGUACCAGGGCAACCCGUACGUCAGCUGCCGGCCCGAGUGCUUGUCGGACUCGGACUGCGCCAACACACUCAGCUGCCAGCGUCAGAAGUGUCGCGACCCGUGCCCGGGCACCUGCGGGCGCAGCGCUAUCUGCGAGGUGUUCGGCCACCGUCCGCGCUGCCGCUGCCCGCCGGGGUACCAGGGAGACCCGUACCAGCCGAGUGGGUGCCGACCGGUGCCGGCCACACCGCCGCCGGUGCCCGAGCAGCCGCGCGACCCGUGCCAGCCGUCACCGUGCGGCGACAACGCCGUCUGCAAGCGGCGCGGCACGGCCGCCGCCUGCGUCUGCCUGCCAGAGUACCAAGGCGACCCGUACGUCGGCUGCCGGCCCGAGUGCGUGCUCAACUCAGAGUGUGCACCACAGCUGGCCUGCAUCGGCCAGAAGUGCCGCGACCCGUGCAACUGCGGCCUCAACGCCGACUGCCAGGUGGUCAACCACAUCGCCUCGUGCGUCUGCCCGCAGGGUCACAUCGGAGACCCAUACCGCAUGUGUCACCUGGCGCCAAGUGCACCGCCCGACCCGUGCAACCCGUCGCCGUGCGGCCGCGGUGCCAUCUGUCGGGUGAGCGGCACCACUGCCGUCUGCUCGUGCCCGCCCGGCCUGUUCGGCUCUCCGUACGUCGAGUGCAAGCCAGAGUGCACGGCCGACUCGGACUGCUCCAACACCAUGGCUUGCGUGAACCUGCACUGCGUCAACCCGUGCAUCGGCCGCUGCGGCGUGGCCGCCGUCUGCGACGUGUACAACCACCGGGCGCAGUGCUCGUGCCCGCCGCCGCUCGAGGGCAAUCCGCACGUGCAGUGCCGCGAGCGGCCCCAGGCGCCUGUCGUGGUGCCCAGCGUCAAGCCCGAGUGUGAGGAGGACGACGACUGUUCACUCACGCAGUCCUGCAUCAGCGAGCGCUGCCAGGACCCGUGCGCGCUCUACCCGAGCGUGUGCGCCAGCAAUGCCAUCUGCCGGGUGAUCCGUCACCGCCAGGUGUGCUCCUGCCCGGACAGCAUGACUGGAAACCCGAACGUGCUCUGCUAUGAGCUCGGCUGCCGCUCCAACUCGGACUGCCCGUCCACAGAGGCGUGCAUCAACCGCCAGUGCCAGGACGUGUGCGCCUUCCAGAGCUGCGGCGCCAACGCGCGCUGUCGCGCCUUCAACCACCAGGCGCGCUGCGAGUGUCUGCCGGGCACGCUGGGCGACCCGUACACCGGCUGCCGGCAGCCCGAGUGCACCUCCGACCAGCAGUGUUCGUUCUCGCACGCCUGCCGCGACGAGCGGUGCGUGCCCGUGUGCACGGACGCCUGCGGCCGUCUGGCCGAGUGUCGCGCCAUCAACCACCGCGCCAGCUGCAGCUGCCCGCCCGGGUACACCGGCGAACCGACCGUCUCCUGCAGCCCCGUUCGGGAAGAGCCGCGCCACGAGUGCACCACCGACGCCGAGUGUCCGUCGCGGCACGCGUGCAUGGGCCACCGGUGCGUGAACCCGUGCCAGGCCAUCCAGCCGUGCGGCCUGAACGCCGAGUGCCGCGUGGUGGACAGCCUGCCGGCGAGGACCAUGCUCUGUCAGUGCCUGCCAGGCUUCAUCGGCGACCCAGACGUCGAGUGCCGACCCCCGCCCACCGAGGCACCCGGCUGUACCGACAACUCCGAGUGUCCCCCGUCCGAGGCCUGCCGCAACCGCGCCUGUGUCGACCCGUGCCGCGUGGCCAACCCGUGCGCGGCCAACGCCAUAUGCCGCGUGGCCAACCACGCCGCCACGUGCGAGUGUCCGGACGACUACGUGGGCAGCCCGUACACGGGCUGUUACCAGGCCCUGCCUCGACCCAGCCGCCGGUGCCAGGCCGCCGCCGACUGCAACGACAUUAACUCGUGCCUGGACGAGCGGUGCCAGAACCCGUGUCUCGUGGCCAACUCGUGCCCAGAGACGGCCACGUGCCGGCCCUACCAGCACGUGCCCUACUGCUACUGUCCCAACGGCACCACAGGGGACCCCAAUGUCGGCUGCGCGCCAGUGCCGGAGGCGGAGCCGGAGUGCAGGCGGGACACGGACUGCGCCGACACCCAGGCGUGCCAGCAGCAGCGCUGCGUGGACCCGUGCCGCACCUCCAGCCCGUGCGGCACCAACGCCAACUGCCGCACCGUCAGCCACCGGCCGUACUGCACCUGCCCGGCCGGCUACCUCGGCGACCCGUUCAGCCGCUGCUACAGACCUGAGUGCACGCGCGACGACGACUGCCCGCGCGACCGCGCCUGCAUCUCCGAGAACUGCCGCGACCCGUGCCAGACGACGUCCUGCGGCCGGCGCGCAGAGUGCCGCGUCACCGUGCACCGCGCCCAGUGCUACUGCCCGCCGGGCACCCAGGGCAACCCGCUGCUGGCCUGCGUCGACGUCGGCUGCCGCGUCAACGAUGACUGCGCAGACCACCAGCGCUGCGAGACGCGCAGCGGUGCGUGCGUGGCCGUCUGCAGCACCGGAACGUGCGCCUCUCUGGCCACCUGUACGGCCGACGACCACCAGGCACAGUGCACGUGCCCGCCCGGCUACAACGGCAACGCAUUCUUCCAGUGCAUCAGGGACGAGCCGCGAGUGCCGGCGCCAGUGUGCGUGGUGGACACGGACUGCGCGCCGGGCCUGGCCUGUCUCGCCGAGCGCUGCCAGGACCCGUGCGCCAGCAUCAGCCCGUGCCGCGGCGGCCAGCUCUGCUCCGUGCAGAACACGGCGCCGUUCCGCACCCUGGUGUGCCGCUGCCCGGCCGACAUGAUGCUGGACAGCUCGGGCCUGUGCAUCACCCCGGUGGUGGCCGAGCCCGAGUGCACGGUCGACUCGGACUGCAGUCAGGACGAGCAGUGCCAGCGCGCCAACUGCAUGCCCGUCUGCCGACCGGACCCGUGCGGCGCCAACGCCAUCUGCGAGCCAAAGCAGCACCGCGCCGUGUGCCGCUGCCCGCCCGGCUACGUCCAGAGCCAGUACAACGCCUGCCAGAGAGAGCCGCCGACGCCGCAGCCUCCGAUCGCGCGGCCCGAGUGCGUCUCCAACAGUCAGUGCCGCUUCGACCAGGCGUGCAUCAGCAGCCGCUGCCAGAGCCCGUGCGACGUGCGCAGCCCGUGCGCGCCCAACGCGCGCUGCGAGGUGCGCAACCACGGCGCCAUCUGCAGCUGCCCGCCGCGCCACAUCGGCAACCCGUUCAUCCAGUGCGUGCCGCAGCCGGAGCAGCCGCCGGUGGCAGGCUGCCAGAGCAACGACGACUGCCCGGCCCAGCUGAGCUGCCAGAACCGCCAGUGCCGCUCGCCGUGCAACUGCGGAGACAACGCCGACUGCAACGUCAUCAACCACCGGGCCAUCUGCAGCUGCCGCCAGGGAUACGACGGCAACGCGCAGACUGGCUGCUACCAGGUUGGAUGCAGAGACAACAGCGAGUGUCCGUCGGACUCGGCCUGUAUCAACCGCCAGUGCAUGCAGGUGUGCGCUGUGCAGAACCCGUGCGCGCUGAACGCACGCUGCGCCGGACAGAACCACCAGGCCUCCUGCUCGUGCCCCGAGGGCUUCGAGGGCGACGCGUACCAGCGGUGCCGCCCGGUGGGCUGCCGCUCCGACGACGAGUGUCCGGCCAGCCUGGCGUGCCGCAGCCAGCGGUGCGUCGACCCGUGUCUGUACCAGCAGUGCGGCUCCAACGCCGAGUGCCGUGUCCAGAGCCACCGAGCGCAGUGCGUCUGCCGGCCGGGCACCGAGGGCAACCCGCUGUUCGCGUGCCGCGCGCCUGAGACGCCGCCCAGCCGCACCUGCUCCAUCGACACGGACUGCGCCUCCCAGCUGGCCUGCAUGUCCGGUGUGUGCGUCAACCCGUGCCUGGAGGUGCGUCCGUGCGGCCAGGGAGCCACCUGCAAGGUGCUCGAUACGGCGCCCUACCGCACCAUGGUCUGCCAGUGCCCGCCGGGCUACGAGGGAGAUGCCUACGCCGGCUGCCGCCUGAUGAUCAUCGCGACGCCCGGCGGCUGCACGUCCAACUCGGAGUGCGCCGCCCGCGAGGCCUGCAUCAACCGCCAGUGCCGCGACCCGUGCGACUGUGGAGACAACGCCCGCUGUGACGUCAUCAACCACCGCGCCAUCUGCACGUGCAAGCCUGGAUACGAGGGCAACCCGCAAAUCGCCUGCCUGCCAAGCGGCUGCCGAUCAGACAGCGAGUGCGGAGACCGCGAGAUGUGCUACAGUGGCAACUGUGUCAACCCGUGCAGCGUCUCCAACCCGUGCCUGCGCAACGCCGAGUGCUACGCCCAGUCGCACCGGGCCCAGUGCCGCUGCCUGCCUGGAUAUGAGGGAGACGGCGAGCGCCGCUGCUCGGCCGUCGGCUGCUCAUCGGACGCCGAGUGUCCGUCCAACCAGGCGUGCCUGAGCCGGCAGUGCGUCAACCCGUGCCUCUACCGCAACCCGUGCGCCUCCAACGCCGAGUGUUUCGUGUCGCUGCACCGGCCGCAGUGCCGCUGUCCGGCCGGCUACGUGGGCAGUCCGCUGGUGCUGUGUGUGCCCGAGCCCAGCCCCGUGUGCCUGAUGGACUCGGACUGCGGACCGCGCCUGGCCUGUAUCUCGGACCAGUGCGUGCCGCCGUGCAGCACCAUCGACCCGUGCGCCGACACGGCCCGCUGCUCGGUGGUCAACACGGCGCCGAUGCGCAGCAUGGUCUGCCAGUGUCCCGAGGACAUGGUGCCCGACAGUGUGGGAGGCUGUGUGCCCAUCCAGGUGACCGGCACCGUGGGCUGCGCCUCCAGCUCCGACUGUCCCAGCGACCAGGCCUGUGUGAACGGCCGCUGCCAGGACCCGUGCGAAUGCGGCCCGAACGCCGACUGCCGCGUGGUCAACCACCGCGCCAUCUGCGAGUGCCGCGCCGGCUACUCGGGCAACCCCAACAUCUUCUGCGCCGAGGUCGGCUGCAGCGACGACGACAGCUGCCGUUCAGACGAGACCUGCGUGAACGGAGAAUGCAUCAACCCGUGCGUCUACAGAGACCCGUGCGCACUGACGGCCCGCUGCUACGCCGAGAACCACGCGGCCGCCUGCCAGUGCCCGGAGGGCAUGCAGGGUGACCCCUUCACCCGCUGCGAGCCGAUCGGCUGCCGCGCUGACAGCGAGUGCGCCAUGACACAGCGCUGCCAGAACCGGCAAUGUGUGGACGUCUGUCUGUACGACGACCGGUGCGCGCCCAACGCCGAGUGUCUGGCGGUGCGUCACCAGGCCGUGUGCCGGUGCCCGCCGCACCUGCCGCUCGGCGACCCGCAGUUCGACUGCCAGCCGCGCAAGACGCCCGUGGUGGCCGAGCCCGAGUGUCGCCGGGACGCCGACUGCGGCCCGCAGCUGGCCUGCGUGGACGAGCGCUGCCAGAACCUGUGCGCCGUGCUGGCGCCGUGCGACAGCUCGGCCGAGUGUCGCGUGGUGGACACGCUGCCGCGCUCCGUCACCUGCGUCUGCCUGCCCGGCUUUGUGAUGGACCUGGCCGGCCGCUGCAGGCCCGUGGCUCUGCCCACACCGCCCGGCUGCACGGCCAACUCGGACUGCCCUAGCACGGAGGCCUGCUUCAACCGCCAGUGCCGCUCGCCGUGCAACUGCGGCACCAACGCCGAGUGCACCGUCACCAACCACCGCGCCGUCUGCAGCUGCCGACAGGGAUACGAGGGCAACGCCAACAUCGCCUGCCACGCCAUCGGCUGCCGCGGCAACUCAGAGUGCCCCUCUCACCAGGCCUGCGUCAACAGCGAGUGUGUCAACCCCUGUCUGGUACGCAACGACUGCGGACUCAACGCUGAGUGCUACGUGCGCGACCACAACUCGUUCUGCCGCUGCCUGCCGGGCUACGAGGGCGACCCGCAGGGCCGCUGCCUGAUCGCCGGCUGCAGGGACAACGACGCCUGCCCCGACCACCAGGCGUGCAUCAACCGCCAGUGCGUCAACCCGUGCCUGUUCGACCGGCCGUGCGCGCCGAGCGCCGAGUGCGAGGCGAUCCGGCACCGCGCAGAGUGCCGCUGCCCGCCUGGCUACGUCGGCAGCCCGCUGAUCGCCUGCGUGCCCGAGCCGCGGCCCGACUGCGAGCGCGACUCCGACUGCGCCUCACGGCUGGCCUGCAUGGACGGCCGCUGCGUGAACCCGUGCGCCGCCGACGAGCCUUGCGGCGACGACGUCGAGUGCCGCGUCAUCGACUCUGUGCCGGUGCGCUCCAUGACCUGCGUGUGUCCGGACGGCUACGUGGGCGGUCCGGACCGCACCUGCCAACCGCUGACGGCCAUCACCAUCGGGUGCCGGUCACACGACGAGUGCGGACCGACCCGGGCCUGCGUCAACGCCAUCUGCGUGCUGCCCUGCCAGUGCGGCGCCAACGCCGACUGCCAGCUGGUCGGACACAAGCCGGUGUGCUCGUGCCGUCCGGGCUACGAGGGCAACCCGAACCUGGCCUGCCACGAGGUGGGCUGCCGCGCCAACUCCGACUGCCCCAGCACCCACGCCUGCAUCAACGGACAGUGCGAGGCCGUCUGCGACGAGCGCCACUCGCCGUGCGGCCAGAACGCCAUCUGCAAGCCCGCUGAGCACGUAGCCCAGUGCACGUGCAAGCCGGGCACGCAGGGCGACCCGCGCACGCUGUGCUUGGCCGUCGGCUGCACGGACAACUCCGAGUGCCCGCCGGAGGCCGCCUGCAUCAACAGCCAGUGCAAGGACCCGUGCGAUGAGCACGACUGCGUCGAGCCGGCUGUCUGCAAGGUGUUCAACAACCAGCCCACUUGUGUCUGCCCGCCAGGAUUCGAGACACAGAUCUCGGAUGACGACGGAGACCGCAAGCCGGAAGUCAAAUGCGUCCCAAUCGUGGUCGGCUGCCGACUCGACUCCGACUGCCCCUCGGGAACGGCCUGCAUCGAGGGCAACUGCGUGGACCUGUGCGCCGAGUUGAACCCGUGCGCCGAGCACGCUCAGUGCACCACCGUCGACACGGAGCCCGUGCGCACCAUGAGCUGCGAGUGCCUGCCCGGCUACCGCGGCAACGCCAAGGAGGAGUGUCUGCCCAUCCCCGGCUGUCCGACGGAGCGCGGCUUCGUGCUGGGCGCUGACGACCAGUGCAUCUGCCCGCCCACGUACGGCGUCAGCGCUGACGGCAUCUGCGCGCCCUGCGACGAGACGCUCGGCUACCGGGUCGACGAGAACGGUCACUGCGUGUGCGCCGUCGAGCGCGGCAUGGUGGUCGACGCCAACGGCAACUGCGCCUGUCCCGAGCGCUACGUGCUGGUGAACGGCGUGUGUACGGGCGUCGAAACGCCGCCGCCGCGCCGCGAGUGCGAGACCAACGACGACUGCGCCGAGGACAAGUUCUGCGAGACGCGAGACAACACGUGCCAGGACCCGUGCAAGUACUCCGAGUGCGGCAGGAACGCGUUCUGUGUGGCACGCGCGCACGAGCCCGUGUGCAGCUGCAUCCCGGGCUACUUUGGCGACGCAUACCAGGAGUGCCGCACGGCGCGCACCGACCUGCCGCCGCGCAACUUGGUGGUCAACUGCCAGCACGACGGUGUCCAGGUGGACGUCAACGUCGGCGAAUUCAACGGCCUCAUGUACGUCAAGGGCUACUCGCAGAACAGCGAGUGCCGCAAGACGCUCGGCACCGGCGACAACACACAGAACGUCGACUUCAAGGUGCUCUUUAACACCUGCGGUCUGAUCCAUGUUGAUGGAGAAGCGGCCUUUGUGCUCGUCAUCCAGAAACAUCCCAAACUGGUAACGGCCAAGGCGCUCGCCUAUCAGGUCCGCUGCGUCUACAAGACGGGCGAAAAGAGCAUCAACAUCGGCUUCAACGUGUCCAUGCUGACUACUGCCGGCACGAUCGCCAACACGGGCCCGCCGCCGACUUGCACCAUGUCCAUCUGCACUAGCGACGGCGAGGAGAUCAACACGGCCAAGAUCGGCGACCAGCUGAUGCUGAAGGUGGACGUGCAGCCCCAGGACAUUUAUGGCGGCUUCGCGCGCAACUGUAUCGCAACCACCGUGGACGACAACGAAGAGAACGAGUACUUGGUGACAGACGAGAACGGCUGCGCCACAGACCCAUCCAUCUUCGGAGAGUGGGACUUUGACCCGCGAGCCAACCAGCUCAAGGCCAUCUUCAACGCAUUUAAGUUCCCGUCAUCCAACAACAUCAAGUUCCGGUGCAACAUCCGCGUGUGCUUCGGCCUGUGCCCGCCAGUGAACUGUAAUGGUCUGGACGCGUUCGGCCGUCGCCGUCGGCGUUCGCCCAUCACCAGCGAGCAGGAGGCGGUCGUCAGCGACUCGGACAGCCUCUUCAGCGGAAAGCUGCGCGAGGAGAUCCUCGUCCAGAGUCCGGCCAUCCUCACACUGGAGCAGAGCGAGCCGACCGAGAACAGAUUCGUUGACCCACAAGAGCCCGAGGUGGCGCAGGCCGGCCUCGGACCGGACGAGAUCUGCGUCAGCAAGCUGGGCUUCAUCAUCGCGCUCAUCAUCACGGCGCUGCUGGCACUGGUGGCCGUGGCCAUCGCCAUCAGCUGCUGGUUGAUGGCGUACCGGCGGCGGCGCAAGGUGGACGGCCCACUGCCGCACCCUGCCGAGUUCCCCAACCCGCUCUACACCACACCGGAGCCGCUGGCCGAGCCCAGUCCCGACUACCACAGAUGAGCCGAGCGACACACAACCUUAGACGAGAGUGUGUGUGAGACAGAGAGAGAAAGGAUCCGCGCGCACCGCACGCACGCCAAAUGUGAUAUAGAAAGGGCGCUGGGCGCCGGCGUGCGUGUGCAACUGAGCCGUUAGAAUGUGUAUGUGACUAGUGAGACAGUAUUGCGCGCAGCGCCGCGGAUGUAAGGUGGACCGCGGUGCUCUACUGUGAAACAGUGAGACUGCCAAACCAGUGUCCUGGUCAUGUGUUUUCGUUUCAAGUGUACCCUCGCCUGAUAUUGACCAAAUCAUCUUCACGCUUACACGCAUGCACACAGACAUACAGAGCAAGACAGAGGCUGGCUACGCGUCUGCCACCGAAUGUGUGCGACGCAGCAGCGCCGGCGUAGGGUACCGUGUAUAAAGUGUGCGUACGGAGCCGGACGUCCGCUUGAGAUUCCUCGGCGGUGUUGGCGCGGGCGGCGGCACGUCUUGGGGAAGUGCCGCCGCCGUCCCGAGGCCACCACCGCUGGGCUAAUAUCGACCGGCGCCGGCGACCGACCGCCAGCGAGCGAGAGCUACUGAGAGGAAACGGAGCGAGCGGCUGCCGGCCGUGGGUGCAGCGGCGGCGCCAGUUGUUAUGUGAAUCAGCGCUCGGCCGCUACCGAUGUGUGACACGCGUUCUCUAUCGAGGUCCGUUUGACGACGAUCACUGGCUCUUUUAACUGUUCUUCGCCAGUGAACACACCGACUACACACGCACGCCUGAAGUUACUAUGACUAGUGCAUCUAUCUACCUGUCCGCCACUUUAUUCUCACACUCGAACAUUCUGUGCUACCAGGCUAAGCUCCAACUUUAAUGCGCAAACACGGUGUGAUUCAGCUGUUCGUCUAACAAAUAGGCCGCUCAUUAACCUCGAACGCUGUCUGUGUAAAAUAUUUAAUUUUUGUAAUUGUUUGGUCAAUACAUUUUAAUAA